GAAGAAUGGAAUGCAUUGCAGGGAGGGCUGUCUGCUGUGUAUAGCUGUGGAUAUGGAGAAGAAUGCCAGUGGUGUAGGAGAGGUAUGGGCAUCUUAUGAAAUACAUUGAAUUCUAGUUAAUCAUGCACAUGAUGUGUGCGAUUUGGGGAGAGCACAUUCUGGGAGAGGGAAGCUAAUUGGGCUAUCUGUUGUGUAGUGAUGCACUUGCUGAUGGGGUGGAUGUUGGAGGGAGGGCAUUUUGGGUGAAGCCUAUGUUUCCAGUUCCUUAACCUAAAAGUGGGCAUUACACAUGGCAUUAGAACGAUUAAUGCUUGUGAUUGGGGGCAGGUAGCUUGCUAUGUUAAAAUUCAUAUUGUGAUUUAUAGGGAAUUUUCAAACUGUGCACAGACCCUCUGUUUAUUGGGCAGCCCUUAACCCUUCCAGCCACAUACAGUAUGGCAUUUUGUGUAAGGGAGCUCUGCUACCAGUAUUUCUCUGUGAAUUGUGCUGUACAGCAAGUCAUAGUGUUCCAUUUAAUUUUUUUAAUAUAUUUAUGGCUUUGUUAAAGCAUUAAUAAUGCUAUUGAUUACUGUUUUAUUAGAUUUUUCGUUGAACUGUUUAUUUGCUUUAAAAUGCAGAAAUAUCAAUACAGAGAAAAGUAAGUGUUGCUCGGAGGGCAGGGCAUGCCUUGUUAUAAUGCUUCUCAUAGUCUGUGUUACAAUAAAAUUGUAAAUAUGGUAAAAUGUAUAAUCAAUAAUGCAAAUGAGAGAUAAAUAUUAUCUGUCAUAUGCAUGUCUUUUUACCAUAUGCAUGUCUGUCUGUUAUAUCUAGCUAGCCUUCUAUUACCUUUCUGUUGCAUAGUCUGCCUGUCUAUCGACCAAUGCUGUAUGUCUGCCUUUCAAUGUUUCUGUUUGUCUCCAUACCUGUCUACACAAACACACACACACACCCCUUUGCACUCUCCAUGGGGGUUGCAGGCAGAGUACAGAAUUGUAUACAAUGCCUGACUGUUUAAGGCAAAUGAGGUGCAAAACAUGUUUCAGUAAUUUGAAUGGGCAUUUGUAAUACCAUCCAAUACUUGUCUGGCCAAGGCUAUCUAGGGUUACAGUAAAUUCUCCUUUUGUUAAGCCUAUGUCUGUUGCUUGCCUGUAUGUCUGACUACAGAUUAAUUCGCAGAGCUAGCCCUGCUUCUAAGGAGUCUUUGGUCCAAAUCACAGCAGUUUGCCAAAGCCUUAUUCAGUAAUUGGGCAACAAAAAAAAAUGGGGCUCUUGCCAUCAUCCAAGGUCAUGUCUUUCUGCUCCCACUGUAAUAAUAUAGAAGGUUAAUGUUCCCAUUAUUGUAACAUCCAUUCAAAUCUGAUAUGCUAUAAAACAAAAGAACUCUCUCAAAGAGAUAGAGAGUGUUACUUGACAGUGCCCGAAAGGUAAAAGCUGCUCAACACUAAAAGUGGAAUACCCCUUACCCACAAUAAAGAACACAUACAAAGAAAUAAGGUAUAAAUGUUAUACCAAACAAUUGGAGCGCUCUAAACAGUAGAGUGGUUUACUCACCCCUUUAGUGCAGUGACAAUCUUGAGAAACUUGAAUAAACAUAUAAAAGGGAACAAGAAAAACAAGAAAUAUAGUGCAGAAGUUUUUCCAAAUAGAAAAUUGAUGGUGAUAAAUGACUUAAACCACUCACAUGGACAGGAGCCUAUACAAUAUUGGCUCUGUAAGAAGAUCUUUUAUGCUCUUUGGGCAGCAAACACCCCUUUGUCCCAGGCAGUAUCCCUCCAGGAAUAUACAACGAGAGAGAAAACAGAAAAGCAACUGUGUAGAAAAGCACAUACUAUAUUAGUAUCAAAGGGUGUAAAUAGUUGUGCUCACCUUUUCCAGAGCCCUGAAAUCCCAGCUCUCAGGUUGAUAAACAAUGUGCUACUUUUAGGGGGGAAUAGCACUCUCCCCAAUGGAGUUCCUGACGGCUAGAAAGGACUUUGAACUAAAGUGUAAAAUAAUAAUGUAUAAAUUUAUUGACAAUAAAAACAAAAUUUACUAAAAAGUAAAAAAAUCAAGUUUAAGUCCAAUUAAAAGUCCAGAAUAAUCAGCUAAACGCGUUUCACUCUAUGAUCAUCUAAACGCGUUUCACUCUAUCUAUCUGUCAUGUAUACUGUGUGGUUUUUUUUUACAACUGUUAAAAUUGACAAUAACAACUGAGUGUUAACAUUUCAGUUUGGUGUGUAAAUGGUAUACAUUUAAGUUCUCAAACCGUACAUAAAGUUGUCAAUUGUAACAUUGUAUUCGAAUACAAUCCAUGCAUAUAUUCAAUUGUUUUGUCUCCAUGACAGCUGUGUCAAAAAUAAGUAAACAGAAGCAAUUUUCUUACCUUGUUUGGCCAUAUCUGAUAGAAAUAGACUCACAAUACUAGGCAAAGUGAAUUUUUUUCCAGUUCUUCUACUUUUUUUGUCUAAAUGUAGUUGUCACCACUUGUGUCCCACUUAGAGUGGUUCUGAACCUAUGUAAAAUUGGCCUGAAAUGCCCCGGGGUUUCUUGAAGGUUUAUGUUUCACUAAUUAACUCCACUGUCCAUAAUUAACUACACUGCCCAACUGCUCAAAUACAAAAUAAAUAAAAUCACUCUUUACUAGAUGUAUAUCCCAAAUUAAAACUUGAAUGAAUUUAAAGAGACACUAUAGUCACCAAAACAACGUUGGCAUUUUAGUGUAAAGAUCAGGGGUAGGCAACCUUUUGGUAGUGCUGUGCCAAAAUAAAACUUUGACGUUCCUUGGUGUGCCGGCAAUAAAUUCAAUGAGGAAUGCAUGGUUAAGAAAGUUUAAUAUUUUAUUAAUGAUAACAAAUAAAGAAGGUCUGUUUUAAGAGAACAACUAAUCAUAUUGAUUUGUCUUUUGCUUUUUAAUGGAAUUUCUAAUUACAUUUACAUGUGUUGAAAAUAUUUUUAAAACUUAAUAACAAAGAACAUCCAACAGCAUUUUUUUUAUUUUUUACAGGACAAACUUAGUGAGAUCCCUGUCCUUGCUUUUCCUUGCUUAGUUCCUCUAUGUCAGGAACAUACUGUGUAACUUUAAGCUUCACACAGGCUUCUGAAUGAGCAGUUGUGAGAUGCCUUUGAUGCGGAUUCAAAAAUGAUCUUGUGAAAAGAUUCUCACAUAUAUAUGUUGACCCAAAGGCCGAAAGCAACGCAAGUGUAAUUUUCUUUAGGCAGAUACAUUUUUUCAGGUAGACUGGUCCAACAUUGCACAAUGGCAGCUGAUCUAUCUGUGCAAUUUCCCUCCAGAGUUUUCAGCAGUUCUUCAAAUUUUGUUCUCCAUAAUUCUGAUGCCUUCAAUUCAAUAAGCUGGAUUUCAAAAUCAUUAACAUUCAUCCAUUCAAAAAGAGUUAACCCAAAUGAGGUAGAUUCAGUUAAGUCAGGCUUGAUAAGGCAUGAAAAUGUUGGCCCAUGGAUCUCAAAAUCUUGACAUCGUUCUGGGAACUCUUUUCUGAGCGCCCCAAUGUACUUCUGCAGUUCUUCUGUGUCAACUGGAUAAUGAGCUGAAUGUGCUUUUACAUUGGGAAAAUACUAGUAUGUCUCAGUAGCGAUAUCCCGAUAAUACACAUUCGGUUUUUCCAGGAAUCCUUUCCAGUAUUCAUAAAGAUGAACAGUUUGUCCUUCUCCCUGUAACUGUAAAUUCAGGUCAUUCAGGUGUGCAGUUAUAUUAGCCAGAAACAUAGGCUUGCAACGCCAGUUAAUAUCACUUAGUUUUGGGUAAUUAUGACCCUUUUCACUGGUGAAACUCUUGAUCUCCUCCAAGCAUGCUACAAAUCUGCUCAAUACCUUGCCACGACUGAGCCAACGAACGUUUUUAUAAAGAGGGAGAUCAGAAUAUGAACUCUCCAGUUCCUCCAGUAAGGACCUGAACUGUCUGUGGGUUAAUGCAGAGUGGCUAACUAAAUUAUUUACAAUUUUUACAACUGUUUCCAUCACAAAGUUCAUGGAUGAAGAUGAGAUUUUUGCACACAAGUUCUCUUGGUGAAUUAUGCAAUGGAAGUUCAGUGCAGGACGACCAAUGCGUUCCUGGAGAAGUUUUACAAAUCCUUUGUUUUUUCCAACCAUGGCAGGGGCACCAUCUGUAGUUAUACAGAAUAUUUUAUUGAUAUCUGUACUCUGCUUUUCAAAAUAAUCUGCAAAUGCAGACAUAAUAUCCUCUCCUUUGGUUCCUUCAAGUGACUUGAGACAACACAAUUCUUCAUAAAUGCGAUCAUUUUCACAGUAGCGAGCAACUACUGCGAGGCGAGCCAUGUCAUUGACAUCAACACUUUCAUCCACAGCGACACUAAAGACAAGAGCAUCUUUUAAACUUCUUCUUUGCUUAUCUUGUAUAUUGUCUGUCAUUUCGGUCACUCGUCUUUCUAUUGUUCUUGCCGAUACUGGUAUAUUUUUUAUCCGUGAUAAUAUUGUAACUUUAUUAGGCAAAUCGCCAAAUAAAACUUCAGCACUGUUUAUAAAAGCUUCUUUAAUAUAUUCACCAUCUGUGAAAGGUUUCCCUUUUCUUGCGACACACUGAGCAAUUUUAUAACUACAUUCAGUAGCUUUAUUCUUUGCUCCAAUUACUUGGCUGAAUAUACUUGUUUGUUUUUUUAUAUCUACAAACUGCUCUUUUUAUGGCUUCCAUUUUGUCCUCCAUGUUAUUAAAUGACGAUUCAUGUUUAGUUUGAAAAUGUCUUUUGACACUUGAUGUUCGGCAAACAAUACUUUCACAGCAUAAUGUACACACAGCACGAUCCGUCUGCUGUACAACUCCAUAUUCCUCAGUCCAUGAAGGCUGAAAAGUGCGAAUGUCAAGCUUUUGCUUUUUGACGGUAGACAUUUUAGCAAGUGGAAGUAGGAUCUGAAAUCUAAAGCUGAGAAGGCUGAGAAGAACUGUUCGUUCAAACAAUAUGAUUGCUCCCUGUGGAUCCUGCAAAUAAGCAAAAAUACCUGUAAUGAUAUUGAUGUUACAAAGUUUUGGAGUCCAGUAGCCAGAUCAGCAAUGUUUUCUGCCAGAGGUAGCCACUCGUUACCCAGGUGGUUGAGCCCCUGAGCCUUGAGUGGCCUUCUGGUCUUAAGCAGAGAUGGGAGACUGGAACAGAAAGAUGAUAAUCGUAGUCAGGCAAGCCGAGGUCAGUGGGAAGGAGAAGCAGCAAAGUCAAAACAGUCCAAAUUCAGCAACAGGAAGGAGAAACAGGAACACGCUGGAUUAGAGAGUACAGGAACCACAAUAAUCUGGCAAAGGUAAAGAGACAGGAAGUGGCUUUUAUAGGCCAAGAACCAGACACCUGACUAGACACAGCUGAAGUGAGUUGUCACUGAUAACCUUGACUCUACAAGCAAUGGUAUCAGAUCUCAGGUAAAUUUGCAAAAGGCAGGCUGGUGUACUGGUAAUGAAAAGGUUUAGCACCAUGUAAACCAGGGUUCGAAACCCAGCAGAGUCAGUUCCUCACAUUACCUCCACCUUAACAGGCGCAGCCUCUGGAUGCCCUAUUUCCUGGUUUAGCAGGGUACUGUGCAUGGAAAGACUGAAGAAGAUCAGGAGCAUGAAUAUUGUCCACUGGUUCCCAUGAUCUAUCCUCCUCACCAUAGCCUUUCCAAUGAACCAAGUAUUGAAGUUUGUUGCGGAAGAUCCUGGAGUCAAGAAUUUUUUCCACCUCGUAUUCAUCUUCACCAUCCACGAGGACUGGUGGUGGGGCAGGCAAGGCUCGACCAGGGAAAGUAUUUUCAUGAAAAGGUUUAAGCAGUGCCACGUGAAACACCGGAUGUAUUUUCAUGGAAUCCGGAAGUUGCAGACGGAAGGUGACUGCAUUGAUCUGAGCGAUUAUCUUAAAAGGUCCCAUGAACUUUUGACCCAAUUUAUGAGAAGGAAUCCUAAGCUUAAGAUUCUUUGUUGACAGCCAAACCUUGUCACCAACAUGAUAAACUGGGGCCUCCUUUCUGUGCCUAUCAGCAGCUCUUUUGUAACAUUCCUGAGCCUCCGAAAGAGUCUCCUUCAACAGUUCUUGGGAAUCUCGUAAGGCGGUUAGCCGGUCAGUGACUGCAGGAAUGGGAGUAGUAAUUGGGAGACUCACUAGAAAGGUUGGAUGGUAACCAUAAUUGGCAAAAAAUGGGCUCAGAGAAGUGGAGCAGUGUUGGGCAUUGUUAUAGGCAAACUCCGCCGUGGGUAGAAAAUCCAGCCAGUCAUCCUGCAGGUAACUAAUAUAGCACCGCAAAUAUUGUUCUAAAGUCUGGUUGGUUCGCUCAGUCUGUCCAUUACUUUGUGGAUGAAAAGCUGAAGACAGAUUUACAUUAAUACCUAGAAUAGAACAAAAAUAUUUCCAAAAUGAGAUGUAAACUGCACUCCCCUGUCAGAAAUUACUUCAUCAGGCACUCCAUGCAAGCGAAAUAUUUCCCGAAUAACAAGGUCAGCAGUCUGUUUAGCUGAAGGGAGACCACGAGCUGGUAUGAAAUGACUCAUCUUGGUUAACCGGUCCACAACAACAAGAAUAGUAGUGUGUUCCUUAGAGGGAGGUAGUUCCACAAUAAAGUCCAUGGAUAUAGAUCCCCAGGGACGAUGAGGAAUCGGAAGAGGCUGAAGCAAGCCAACAGGGGAUGAGCGAGGAGUCUUAUGUCUGGCACAUACAUCACAAGAGGACACAUACUUCUUAACAUCCUCAUAAUAUUUAGGCCACCAAAAGGAUCGGGUAAGUAGUUCUUGUGUCUUUCGGAUUCCUGGAUGACCUGCUGGUUUAGAGUCAUGGUAGAGGCGUAAAACGUCCAGUCGCACUGAUUCUGGAACAAACAGACGUUGUUGAAAAAUCCAAAACCCAUUAAGCAUGGUCAUAUGAAGAUCACGAGGAGGAUCACGAAAAACUGGAUCUUUAGAGUAGCCCUUUUUAAUGCGAGACAUUAGAUCAGAAGGAAAGGUAACUCCUAAAAAUCUGCUCUCUGGCAAGAUGGUGGCCUUGGUUACUGUAGUAUGGAGGGGGUCAGCUAUCCUAGACAAGGCAUCCGCCUUGCCAUUUCUGGAACCAGGGCGGUAUGAAAUAAAAAAAUUAAACCUUGAGAAAAAUAGGGACCAGCGUGCUUGUCUGGCUGACAGUCUCUUAGCGGAUUGGAUACAUUCCAGAUUUUGUGAUCUGUGAGGACAGUAAUUGGAUGGGUGGCUCCCUCCAAGAGAUGUCUCCAUUCGGUGAAGGCAGCUUUUAUAGCCAAAAGUUCUUUAUUCCCUAUGUCAUAAUUUCUUUCUGCUGGUAACAUCUGGCGGGAAUAGAAGGCACAUGGAUGUAACAACAUCUUAGGUCCAGUCCUUUGAGAUAGUAUAGCCCCAACAGCUGAAUCAGAAGCAUCUACCUCUACAGUAAAUGGCAAUUCUGGCUGAGGAUGUACCAAGAUAGGGGCAGAUGUAAACAGAGUCUUUAAUCUGGAAAAUGCAGUGUCAGCCUUAUUGGACCACUGAAAAGGAGUCCCUUUACGUGUAAGUUCAGUGAUCGGUGUAAUAACGGCAGAGAAAUUCUUAAUGAAACGCCUGUAAAAAUUGGCAAACCCCACAAAUCUCUGUAUAUCUUUUUCAUUCUUGGGGAUGGGCCAGUCCAGCACAGCUUUAAUUUUAUUUCCUGCUGCAAAUUUAAUGUCCAUAAAGUUUCCUCCUGCUCCGGAAUCUAUCAUAGCUGUAGUUGAAAUUGUAUUAUUACCAUAUUGCAAAGUGAUAGGCACCACCAAAUGAGGAUGUUGAGUCAUCAUACCUUCUUCACCCUGAGCCAGAGAAAACAAGGGUUGUGUGACAGAAUCCAGUUGGUCUGAAAUCUGGGAUUGGUGUUGAAUCUGUGCACCCUCAGCAGUCAUAGCUAUUGUUCUUUUAGACUUGUUAGGGCACUUGAUGGCAUAAUGCCCUGCACUACCACAAUACAGGCAUAAGUUGUGAGUGCGUCGCCACUGUUUUUCUUCAUUGGAUAAUGGCCCUCUUAUUAGAUCUACUUGCAUAGCCUCAGGUUCAGAGUCUGUAGGUGUUUGUGGGGUCGGAGUAGAAAUUCUUGAAUAGAAAGUAGGAGUAGCACUUGGUUUAAAAGAGCCCUGUCUUUCCAAUCUUCUUUCUGAAAGUCUCCGAUCAAUACGGAUAGCCAACCGCACAAAUGCAUCAAACUCAACAGGAAGAUCAACACGAGCUAGCUCAUCUUUUAUAGCUUCUGAGAGACCCCUUCUGAAGUGGAACCUCUGGGCUGAUUGGUUCCAAGUAGUAUCAGUAACCCACUGUCUGAAUUCAGCAGCAUAUUCAGCCACAGAUCGCCUCCCUUGAUGUAAAUGAAGGAGAGUGGCUUCUGCUGUAGCACAGCGAUUGGGAUCAUCAAAAACUAGGCACAUGGCCUCAAGAAAGUCUUUUAAAUUUCCCAAGAUUGGACUGUCCUGUUCCAGAAAAGGGGAGCCCCAGGCCAGGGCUUCAUCUUUGAAGAGGGAAAAAAUAAAUCCCACCUUCUCUCUUUCAGAUGGAAAACGGUUAGGUAACAUCAUAAAAUGCAAACGGCAUUGAUUUAGGAAACCCCUGAAUUUUUUGCGGUCUCCUCCAAAUUUUUCUGGUAGAGGCAAGCGGGCAUCUUGUGCAGGUGUAACAGUAGUAGUAGCAGCAGCCGCAACAUCAUGUGCCCUGUAGCUGGUAAGCUCACUAUGCAUUGAUCGAACUUCAUUUUGCAGUUCAGCUACCUGAUCCUGCAGCACUUGAAUGGUCUGUGCCUGGGUCUGCAUAGUUCUUGCAUUAAAAGCAACCUGCUGGGCCAAUGCAGAAUCUGAUCCGACGGUCUCCAUGAAUGGGCCAGAUUAUUCUGUAAUGAUAUUGAUGUUACAAAGUUUUGGAGUCCAGUAGCCAGAUCAGCAAUGUUUUCUGCCAGAGGUAGCCACUCGUUACCCAGGUGGUUGAGCCCCUGAGCCUUGAGUGGCCUUCUGGUCUUAAGCAGAGAUGGGAGACUGGAACAGAAAGAUGAUAAUCGUAGUGAGGCAAGCCGAGGUCAGUGGGAAGGAGAAGCAGCAAAGUCAAAACAGUCCAAAUUCAGCAACAGGAAGGAGAAACAGGAACACGCUGGAUUAGAGAGUACAGGAACCACAAUAAUCUGGCAAAGGUAAAGAGACAGGAAGUGGCUUUUAUAGGCCAAGAACCAGACACCUGACUAGACACAGCUGAAGUGAGUUGUCACUGAUAACCUUGACUCUACAAGCAAUAGUAUCAGAUCUCAGGUAAAUUUGCAAAAGGCAGGCUGGUGUACUGGUAAUGAAAAGGUUUAGCACCAUGUAAACCAGGGUUCGAAACCCAGCAGAGUCAGUUUCUCACAAUACCCCUUUUCUAUAAUCCAUAUUUCUGAUACUUUUGAUUCCUCUUUUGGAUUUUGUAUUUGUUGUUCUAUUUUUAACAUUGAUUACAUCCCCAAAACAAAUGAACAUCAUAAAAGCUGCCUUUCUUUCUCCAAAAACCGCCACCCUGACAGUGGUUGGAAAUAUUGUUGGGUGCGUUUGUGCACCUCUCUUUUAUACACUGGAACCAACAAAUUUGAACCAAUGAACUAAUCUCCCAUCCCCUCAAAAAAAAAAAAAUUGAACAGAAAAGUAAGAUGAAUCAAGAGGCGCAGUAAGGAAUAUUAAAGGAGGUGUAAAUGUCCCAUUUUGUCAGAAAUGACUAGUACAGUGUACAUGCCACAGACAGGCCUGUAGAGUUCAGCCCCAGUCUAAUAACACCAGAAAAUAACAAAUGACACAGCGACAAAAUGGGCUUCAAUAAGAGGGUGAAUAAGUACAAAGAUCCUCUUUCCUUUUUUAUUUUUUAUAAUUCUUUAUUUUUCUUGUGCAUGAGAUUACAUUUCAACUUUUAUUGCCACAACAGUGAGAAGUAAAACACUUACAAGACAUAUAAUGAAACGAUUGUAUGCCAUUCUUAUAUACUGCACAAUUUGCAGUAACAGGCCAGGUUUACAUGACUGUGUCUGUUUCAGUAGUAGUGGAUGAGCAAUCAAAAAUAGACAUGUAAUGACAAUUAGCUCUAGAAAAUGUUGGUACACCCAGAAAGCCUCAGCCAUAGGCAUUAGAGAAAGAGUACUCAUGACAGGUAAUGCUACAGGUUAUAGGAGGCAUAUCAAAAGAAAUAUCAGAAACUGUUAACUGAAAGCCUAAACACAAAAUAAUAACGUGCGAUGAGAAGGCUUCUGGGCUGUGGAGAUCCCGCUAUUAGGAGUCUCAGACUUUUAUCAACCUAUGUCCUUCUGGGGUAGGCCGCAGCCUUGCUGUGUUGAAGUGCUGAACAGGUCAGUGUCCCAGUUAGAGGCUUGGAUGUAGGCAUGAUGGAGUGUUACUCCUUCUCACAGCCUUUCUGACCUGCCGUCGGCAUCUCUGCCAUGUUCGGUUCAGACGUGUUGUUUCCACUGCCCUCUGCAUCUUCCUGAGUGAGAGACCCGGUGUGUGAUCGCUGCUGCUGGGGCCACUGGUUCCAGGCAAGCUGCCAGCUUCUCUCAAAAGGUGUCAGAGCUGGUUCAGCCGAUACUGCACAUCCCAUUUCCCACUUUCUGGAUCAGAAGCACACGUGGUGGCUGUCAUUUUAGUUGCCACAUGGUGUUGGCUUUGUGGUGGUGUCGUGUGCUCCUAGCUCACUGAGAAACCUCCUGGGUCGGUUCCGGGAUCAUCUCCGCAGGUCCAAAGGAGGGAUGACAGGGCACAAGCUGGUGUUUGGCUUGGCACAGGCUGCUGCAGGUGGGAGACUGGCCGCCCCUCCCUUCCACCCUGCACACCAGGCCGCAAUAUGCUCGGAGCCCCCUCCAGGACUGUCAGCCACAAUCACAGCUUGUCGCCAGUAGUCAGGUAAGCCCAGGUUAGAGCUACUGCAAUACUGAUUUAGAGCGUGGCAGGGCCCAGCAGGGUCCCCAAAAACAACCAUGACCACUUAAAUGUAUUUAAGUGGUUAUGUUACCUGGAGUCCGUGGGUACCAGGAUCCACGUCACUACCAUUUAGCAGUGCAGGUUGGUCCCCAGUAACCCGGCCUCCAAUGAUAAUGCAGAGGAGACAGAACUAUACUUCCAUCUCAAGCCAUACCAGAGAUUAAGACAGUGAUUGCCUGAGAGUGCUCAGUUGACAGUUUUCACAGGUCUCAAACUAUCUACGGAGUGUACUAAUGUAUUCAAUGGCGUAUUUUGGAUUUGUGCUGCCCAAGGCAUUAUGAACUUGGGAACCCUCUAAUUUAAAUUUGCCCCACCUUUCCUGUUAAAGACUAACACACAUUUUGACUGACACACACACUCACUGAAUUGACAUUUAAAUUGAAUUGACACAAUCUGACAGGCACACACAAUCACUCGGACACACACUGACAGAAGCGCACAUGCACUGACAGACAUGCACACUCACACAUUCAUUGACAGACACGUAUAAUCACUCAGACACACACAUUCACUGAUAAACGCAUGCACACUCACUCAGACACACACUGACAGACAUACACAAACUCACUCACAGACACACACACAUCCACCCACAUUCACUGACCCUCACACACAUUCACUUACAGGCACACACACUCACACAUUAAUUGACAAACCAACACAAACUCACUGACAGAUACACACAAACUUAGUCACACACUCAAAGACCCACACUGACAGCCACACAAACUUACUGACAGACACACAUAUAUUCACUGACAAACACAUACACACACAUUUUUCCCCAACACUCACAAAUUUUUGCUAUUUCUUUAAAAGAAAAACAAUCUACCCAGCCUCGUUACUGUUGAGAAAGCUGGGUGGAUUAUUUACCUUGGCUCCAGUGGGGCUGCUAGGCGGGCAGGCAGAUGGGCUUGCAGGCAGGCAGGCUCACAAAGUAGGCAGCGAGGGAGUUGUGAUCCUCUUGCUUUGCUCGCUUGCAUGACAUUUAGUGAUGCCGGAAGCUGAAAUAUGAUGUCAUAUUUCAGCUCGCAGCAACACUAAGCAGCUCGCGAGAGAGCAGAGCAGGAAGAGCUCACAGGUCAGCGCUGCCGUGCCGCCCACAUGGAAAACAACUAGCUGUCCGCCCCACGGGGGCCCAAAACUGGCUAACCGGUCAACUCUUGGGCCCCCAUAAAACAAGGCUAACAAGGCAUGGGCAUUUGGAGCUGUGUUUUUUGCCAUCCCCUAGAAAGUGCCGCCCAACGCAAAUGCCUUGUUAGCCUCACGGUAAAUGCAUCGCUGAAUGUAUUACAGAGCCCCACAGCAAUAAAACGCUCAUGUAUGUAAGGAGUUUAUGAGUGUAUCACACAGCUCAACUGCAAAAACAAUUACAGUAUUAUGAACAUAAUAAAUGCAGUGUAUGAACAAAUCACAGAGCCCUCAGAGAUACAACUCACAUCAAAGUGAUUGCAUAAUUUCAUCACAGAGCUCCACAGCAAUAAAACUCAGUUAUGUGGUUCAGAGUACAUCAGUGUUCUACUACUGUGUGUGGAAUUAUGUGGGAUGUCUGUGUGAUGUGGUAUGGCUGAUUGUGAUGUGCGUGUGUGUGUGGAUGAGGGUAGCUGUUGUGCGUAUGGUUGGCUGAAUGUGAUUUGUGUGAGGGUUUUUGCAAUAUGGGGGCAGCUGAGUGUUAUUUGUGUGUGUGUGAAUGGUGGAGUGUAAUGUGACACAUUGUAGUCGAGUUUACUGGUCACACUUUAUAUCUGAUCUCUCCUAGUCUCUCACAUUGCAGGAAUGGCUUCAAGAGCUUGCAAUCUAACUCGUUAGUAUUUCUGUUUGUAUGUUUUACAUAAUUAGGAAAUGCUCACUUGACUUAGAUUGCAAGCUUUUGGGGGCUAUUCAAGCCUUUACAUAUAGAGACCAGGGCACCCAGGGAAUGGAGUGUACAGCUUACUGUCUAAUACAAUUAUUUACAACUCGUUGUACUCUAUCCUUGAACACUGGCUUGAGGAUAGAGUACAACGAGUUGUAAUUAAUGGUAAAUUUUCAGGCUGGACAAAAGUGGUAAGUGGUGUCCCUCAGGGUUCUGUUUUGGGACCACUUCUAUUUAACAUAUUUAUAAAUGAUCUUGAAAUAGGCAUUGAAAGCCAUGUAUCAGUGUUUGCAGAUGACACAAAACUUUGUUAAGUAAUAAAAUGUGAGCAGGAUAUUGCUUUCCUGCAGAGAGAUUUGGAUCGAUUGGGGGACUGGGCACUAAAAUGGUAGAUGAAAUUUAACAUAGAGAAAUGCAAAGUUAUGCACUUCGGGGUUAAGAAUGCACGAGCAACUUGCACACUAAAUGGUAGUGAAUUAGGAGUAACCACACACGAGAAGGAUUUGGGAAUUGUUAUAGACAACAAAUUAGGCAGCAAUAUGCAAUGUCAAUCUGUAGUUGCUAAGGCCAGUAGGAUUUUGUCAUGUAUAAAUAGGGGCAUAAAUUAUCGGGAUGAAAAUAUAAUUCUGCCUCUUUAUAAAUCGCUGGUAAGACCACACCUAGAAUAUGCUGUGCAAUUCUGGGCGCCUGUUCUAAAGAAGGAUAUCAUGGCACUGGAGAGGGUCCAGAGACGAGCUACAAAAUUGAUAAAAGGAAUGGAGCAUUUUAGUUAUGAAGAAAGGUUAAAAAAAUUUAAUCUGUUUAGUUUGGAAAAACAGAGCCUGAGAGGGGAUAUGAUAACUUUAUACAAAUAUAUUCGGGGCCAGUAAAAACCUUUAUCUGGAAAUCUAUUCAUAAACAGGGCUAUACAUAGUACACAAGGUCACACAUUUAAGCUGGAAGAAAGGAGAUUUCAUCUAAGGCAAAGAAAAGUUUUUUUUACAGUAAGAACAAUAAGGAUAUGGAAUUAUCUGCCCGAAGAGGUGGUUUUGUCCGAGUCCAUACAGAUGUUUAAACUGAAUUUGGAUAAAUACUUACAAAAACAUAACAUACAGGGAUAUAAUUUCUAAUUAGUGGGAUAAUAGCUGCUUGAUCCAAGGAGACAUCUGACAGCUAUUUUGGGGUCAAGAAGGAAUUUUUUCCUAGUUUGUGGCAAAAUUGGAAGCGCUUCAGACCAGGUUUUUUGCCUUUUUUUGGAUCAACAGCAACAACAUUUGUGAGGAAGGCUGAACUUGAUGGAGCAAGUCUCUUUUCAGCUAUGUAACUAUGUAACUAUGUAACUAUGUAACACAAGUUAACAUUUAUGUGAUAUAAAUGGACUGUCUGACAGUAUAAUAAUACUUUGUAUCACAGUAAAGUUAAUUUGAGUUAGAUUGACAGCUUUGGGGGACCAUCCCUGUAUGCCCUGAUGAGCAUUUAUUUGUAACAAAAAUAGUGUGGCACUGGCACAAGAAAAAUUAAGGCAAUUUACCUGAUAGUAUUCAGAGUCAGGGACUGACAGGCAAACAGUGAAGUGGUAGUAGCAGACACAAGGGUAGUAGCAGUGGCAGACACAAGGGACAAGGCAAUCUCUGAUUUUGUGACACAGUCAGGAGGAGAAUUGAUUUCUGUGAUCACUACUGCUUCUGAUUGGCUCACAUAAACAAGAAGCCCCACACAUAUUUGCUGUAAAUUUGACCUGUAAAUAAAUCAUCCAGGCUGAGAAUGCUGCUGACAGAGUAGGAGGACAGGAGGUGGGGCUGAAGCUUGGUCUGGAGGCGGGGCUGAGAAUGCUGCUGACAGAGUAGGAGGACAGGAGGUGGGGCUGAAGCUUGGUCUGGAGGCGGGGCUGAGAAUGCUGCUGACAGAGUAGGAGGACAGGAGGCGGGGCUGAAGCUUGGUCUGGAGGCGGGGCUGAGAAUGCUGCUGACAGAGUAGGAGGACAGGAGGCGGGGCUGAAGUUUGGUCUGGAGGCGGGGCUGGGGAUGCUGCUGACAGAGUGGGAAGCUGGAGGUGGGCUGAAGCUGGCUGGAGGCGGGGCUGAGAAUGCUGCUGACAGAGUAGGAGGACAGGAGGCGGGGCUGAAGCUUGGUCUGGAGGCGGGGCUGAGAAUGCUGCUGACAGAGUAGGAGGACAGGAGGCGGGGCUGAAGUUUGGUCUGGAGGCGGGGCUGGGGAUGCUGCUGACAGAGUGGGAAGCUGGAGGUGGGACUGAAGACUAGGCAGGAGGCGGGGCUGAGGAUGCUGCUGACAGAGUAGGAGGACAGGAGGCAGGGCUGAAGUUUGGUCUGGAGGCGGGGCUGGGGAUGCUGCUGACAGAGUGGGAGGCUGGAUGUGGGACUGAAGACUAGGCAGGAGGCGGGGCUAAAGACUAGACAGGAGGCAGGGCUGGGGAUGCUGCUGACAGAGUGGGAGUGCUGGAGGCGAGGCACAGUCAUUGGAGCUGAGGUAAGAGUAGCCUGAUGGGCGGAACUUCAGAUCGCAAGUUCGUGUGAUUCUGGAAGUUCUGCCGCUGCGCAAGUUCCCUUCCGGUUUCCCUUAGUGUAGAUCGGUCGGCAGCCUCGCGUGCUGCUCAAAUGCACCCCGCUGGGCACUGUUAGGCAGGAUAGCAGGGCAGCGGCCAUCCGCUCCUCUCACUGCCGGAGUAGGCCUCGACUUUGGUAGUGAAGUUUCUCCUCCAGGGGACUAAUACUCGUUGAGCCAGCCUCACCCUGGAUCCCGUGCACUCUGCCCACUGAGGGCCGCUGUUGCUGGUCUGUAUAAGGGACAAUAAUCAUAUUUUUAUGGCUUAAUGGUUUAGAUAUUGCAGAGCUGGUCUGUCUUGCAACCGUCCAGCUUGGUGGUCCGGCCCCGCCCCCCAAAAGGACACAUUCUUCACACACAAAGCUUUCCAGUAAGCUAAAGUGCUAUAGGGGUCAGGAGUGUCCAUGUAAACAAUAUUAUAAAAAUAACAAUGCAAUUUUUUGGCAACUUAGAGUGAAUAGACCCUGGCUCUGCACACAGCCAACAGCAGUACAGAAAAAUAGAAAUGUCCAGCACAAACCUUUAAAUCAGAUCCUUUAUUUAAGGUGCCAAAGAAAAAGGUGAGGUUUCGGCCACGUAGGUUCUUUCUCAAAACUAGUAGUAUCUUGAAAGGGUGUAAGUAUUAAUAGACCUGAGUACCACUCUCAAUUAUCUCAAUGAGCAAGCUUUGAAGUGCAUAUUAGAUCAUGUGCUAAUGCCUAACAACACUGUCACAUACUACGUCAUGUGAUAAGACGUGUGAACACAGUCACGAUACAUGUGCAAAACAUAAGCAAAGUGACAAUGAAUAAAGUACAAAAAUAGAAAGUACAAAAGAAAACAAUUAAAGGUAUUACAAUACAUGCUAUACUAUAAUUCAUUUUUGGUACUUAUCCAAUUUUGUGUAAGAAUUAAUCUUCUACAUUUACAAUCACAUAUUAAAAACCAUCCGGUGUGAAACAAAAUCAUAUGAUAUACAAACUGCUACAUAAUGUAUUACUAGUUACAUAAAGUAUUGUUCAAUUUAACUCUUACUGGACACACUAAAUCUUUAAGCAGAGUUGUUUUGUGCUUAGGGGUUUACUCUAAACCAAAAUGGGUUCCCAGUUUGUCCAAGCAGUAAAGAUACAUUUAAUGAGUAUUUAAGAAUUAAAGAAGCAUAUUCAAAUCAUAAUCCCAAUUCAUGUCAGAUGGUUCAAAAGAUUUAAAUUUCCUCAUCUAAAUCCUAAAAUGUAUUAAAUAUCUAAAAAAUAUUUUUACUCUAUUCAUCCACCCGUCCCUCCUUUGGAUGGAAACUGCUCUGUUACUUGGAUCCUCAGUUGUGCAACAAUAUGACUAAUGUCAAAAAAAUGUUUGAUGCUGGCAAGUCUAUCUUGGCUGUUUUUUUAUUGUGGAUUUGUAACUGGAGAUUUGGUCCCUGCUUAUUUGCACUGUUUUCGCCGUAUACAUUUUCCUCAAGGGCAUUUCAUUACCUAUAUUACAAAAGAUGAUUUAAAUGUGAAAAAAAACCUUUCACUUUCUAUUUCUUGCCACUCUGUGGGUGUACAAACGUCGCCCCCUUUAUCACAAUUUUUACAAGCUGCUCACCCCAAACACGAGUAUUUAACCACUUAUGGUUUGCGAAAAAAGAAUUAUCUCGAUUUGAUAUUUGUCCAGCAAUCUGCCCCUUUUAAAAGCUAAUCUAUGAAGGGUUUGCAAUUUCUCCCCCUCACAAUGGCUACUAGUAUGAAUGGACCAAUGCUUGUGCAAAUCAUUCAUAAACAUAGAAUUGUGAAUGCCAAAAUUAGAAACAAACGUUAGGUGCUUCUUUUGCUUUUUCCGAUUCAAGAUUAGGAUACAAUUUCUAUCCAUUUCUUUCACUUUAUUAAAUUCUACAUCAAGGAAAUCUUUUGGAUAGCCCCUCUGUCCAAAUUUCAAGGCCAUUUCUUCCAGUCUCUUAUCUACUUGUUUAACAUUUAAAACUAGUAUCCUAACCCUUAAAGAGAAACUAUAGUGUUAGGAAUACAAAUCUGUGGCGUCAUCUAGACGUGGACCAAUGGGAAGUUUUUUGAGCCUCUUUAAGGCUUGUUUUAGCCUCCAUUCAUUGCCAUAGUUUGGUUUCUGUAUAGAUCCUCGCUUUGUGCUCCUAGUGAUUCCCUUGUGAUUUUCUGUGUUUGACCUCGGCUUCAUAUUGACUUUGUGAUUUCUGGUAUCUUGACCCGGCUUCGUAUUGACCUCGUGAUUUCUGGUAUCCUGACCCGGCUUGACCAUGUGUAUUUCUUUAUUCCUGACCUUGGCUUAUCUUGACCCUGUUUCUUGCUGUAUUAAUAUGUUAAAUAUGACCAUUCUAAGGCUCCAUAAUAGGUCUAUCAGAUCCACCUUUUGUGUGUUUCCACUUUCUUGAAUGUUGGGUUACGACUCCCGUGACCAAUUGCACUUUCUCUAAAACUGCAAUGAUUUACAUUGCAGGACUAAGGGCAAUAGGGACACUGUACCUAGACCACUUCAAUGAGCUGAAGUGGUCUGGGUGCCUAUAGUGUCCCUUUAAGAACUGACUUCUAGGGAUCGGCCCAGUAUGGCAGAAAUUUCACCUAUUUCUUUGGCACCUUAAAUAUAGGAUGUGUGGAUUUAAAGAUUUGUGCUGGACAUUUUUAUCUUUCCUUUACCCAGAAAAGCUACUGUAGCUCAAAUUGCUGAAAAUCCUAAAGGGUUUUCUCCAAUUCUACUGUUGGAAUAAUUCCAUAAUGGUCAUUAUUCUGUAAGUCAUACAACCCCAAAAAUGUUUAAAAUAACUGUAAAGAAAGUUUAUCCAGUGUUGUGCGAAUCUCCCAGUGCUGCUAUGUGUACCUCCAACUGACAUCAUGGGAGCCACAUUGAGGUCCAACCAAAGGCUUCUCAAAGAGAAGCUAUUGAUGGAACUAUUUAAUCAGCACCUGCGCACACCCAAAGCUGGCAAAGGGAGGAUUAGAGAGAAGGAGGAAAUUGAGGAGGAGGAGAGAAGGCUGGGGAUAAAAAUAAUAGUGUAUGCCAUAGGGAGGAUUUGAAGGCUGCAGACAGGGAGGAAGGGAAAGGAGAUAAGAGCUAACACUUUCAAGGGACAAGCAGGUUAAAGGACCACUCUAGGCACCCAGACCACUUCAGCUUAAUGAAGUGGUCUGGGUGCCAGGUCCAGCUAGGGUUAACCCAUUUUUUCAAAAACAUAGCAGUUUCAGAGAAACUGCUGUAUUUAUGAAUGGGUUAAGCCUUCCCCUAUUUCCUCUAGUGGCUGUCUCAUUGACAGCCACUAGAGCUGCUUGCGUGCUUCUCACUCUGAUUUUCACAGUGAGAGCACGCAAGCAUCCAUAGGAAAGCAUUAUGAAUGCUUUCCUAUGUGACCGGCUGAAUGCGCGCGCAGCUCUUGCCGCGCGUGCGCAUUCAGCCGACGGGGAGGAGAGGAGGAUCGGAGGAGGAGAGCUCUCCGCCCAGCGCUGGAAAAAGGUAAGUUUUAACCCCUUUCCCCCUUCCAGAGCCGGGCGGGAGGGGACCCUGAGGGUGGGGGCACCCUCAGGGCACUAUGGUGCCUGGAAAACAAGUAUGUUUUCCUGGAACUAUAGUGGUCCUUUAAGUUUGUCUGGAGCAAGUAGUGCAUGCACUUGCUUGUGUGAAUUGUAUUGUGGUCAAGAUUGCUAAAUGAAGAGAGAAAGAAAAACAUUGAAACAAAAUCCUGCAAUUGCAAAGUGACACAAUAUGCUAAUCAUUUCUUAUUUUAGGUCUGAUGCAUUUACACCAUGAUCUCAAAGUACCAUGAUUAUAAUUCAGAGACUUUAUUUUUAUAAUAUAUUAUGUAGACUAUGUGAUUGUUCUAUACUAAUUUAAGUCUCUUUAAGUGCACCCAUACAUCUAAUGUAUUCUUUUUUUAAAGGACAAAUAGGUAUUUCUUCUAAUUCCCGAUACUUUUGCAAAGCACAAGGAUACAUAUGAAUAAAAUAUUAAAAAAACAAACAAUAACGCUUUAGUGUCUCUUUUUAAAAACAGGUCCCUUUCCCGUUUGCCAUAUAGGAUAAAAAAAAAAAAUAUUAUUUUACUUACCUGUUUCUAGUGUUGAGGCUCCAUCGGCCCUGCUUUCCUUUCCGCCUUCCGGCGAUGUCCAAUCCAUUGCUUUUCAUAGAGGAGCACAAGGGACCCGAUCCGCAUCCGCGUCAUUUGCAGCGUGCAUCCAAGCUUUCACCACUGAGUAACCCUUGCACCACUGAGGGUUUUAUAUAUAUGAAAGGUCUUGAUAAAAGUCUUAUGACUGAAACUUUGAACAUUUGCUGUUGGUACAUCAUCCACUGAUUGCCACGGAAUAAAGCAUAGUUGUUUGCAUUCUAAGAUCCUUAAGUGCUGCUUACUGGGACAUUGCACCAUAACCACUACAGUGGACUGUAGUUUUUUUUACUACUUAGAAAGAACCUUGAACAACACAUUUUCAUGUCUUCUAGGUGAGUAAUUUUAAAAUUUAGAUUACACACUUCUGCUUUUUAUUUAAGCGCUGCUCUCCAGUAUGCCUCUCCACCUCUUUGGAUCAUCAAGAUCAACAACUUGGUCAAUCCAGUGCUUUCUAGUGGGAAAAAUAGGCAAAACGCCACUCCGUGUCAAUUUAGAUGACCUCUAUGAGACCAUCUAAUUGAAAUAGUCGAGUUUUACUUCACUGUUAUGGCUGAAGCGCCUCAGUAAGACAAACACUAGAAGCGAGUUAGUCCUGCAGAACAGCAAUUUUUUCAACUGCAGGGUUAAAACAAUGGAGGGGAGGGAAGUGGGCAUGGCACCCAGACAACUUCAUUUAUAUAAAGUUGCCUAUAGUGUUCUUUUAAUGCAAUGUUUAAUGAUGAUGAAUAAUGACUAGGAUCACAUUAAUUUGUUAGAAGCUUGGCUUACAGGCAUUCUUCAAACAAGCUGGGUCUGGUAACCAGCUAAAAAAAUAAUCUGGAGUCUGAUGGUUAGUUCAGGAGGCAAAGAGAUGCAGUUGGAAUGGUCCUCGAAGGGAAUUGAGGGACCGUUCUGUCCAACAUUUAAUCACUGACAUCUCUCCAGUGCCUGAAGAAUCAGUCUGCUGUCAGAUUCCAUGUGCCCAGAAGAUGUUUCGUCUUCAACGUUAGACAACAGUCGAAGCAAAAUUUAUAAAUCUCCUUCUGAGAAGAAGCGGGACCAAUCUACCUCCCAAACGUUUGAUAUAUUGGAUGGCGGAGAAAUUGUCCAUCCUUAGGAGAAUGCAACAGUUCAAUAUAUACUUGGCGAAACUGCAAAUGGGCAGUAAUCCUGCGAUUCUAGGCAAUUGAUGUGUAGAAGAAUUCCUCCCAUGACCAUUGCCCUCUUGUGGAUCCAAGCUCACAUGUCACACCCCAUCCUAAUAUACUGGUGUCAGACUCCAAGACGACAUCCAGAGUAGAGCCAAAUAUUGUGCAACCCUUCCAUGAGUGCAUGUGCAUCAGCCAUCACCUCAGUUUGGUACGUAUUUCCUCUGUAAGUUAAAUUUUCAUAAGAUGUGGACAAUCUUAGGAAGCAAGUCUUCAGACAUUGCAUGGCUCUGUAAGGGAGAGGGCCCAUAAAGAUCGCCUGAAUAGACAAAGAGAGGAGACUUACAAGAGGGGCUAGGGGGAGCAGAGGGAGAGAUUCUAGUUUUAGCACCUUGUGAAUCUCUGUCCUUAUCUGGGUAAUCAUAUCCAUUGUUAGUUUCAGGAUGCAGGAGUGGUAAUCUCACACAGGAGUGGGAAUCUAUCUCAGAAACUGUACCCUUUGAGCAGGGGUUAAUGGGGUUUUGUCUAGAUUAACCACAAAUCUCAUAGAUUCCAGAAAAUGGACCACAUAUCGCGUCUGAGAUUAUAGUGUGGGAGUUGUCAAGGAGAAAAUGAGGAAGUAGUCCAGGUAUUUAAGUCACUUAUGUGAGCUAUUUCUGGCUUGAGGAGCUUGGUGGAAAAACAAGGUACUAAACAGGAAGCCCGUGAAUUGCCAUGGGAAACCCUUUCAUGAAAAUUGCAGGAACUGUCAACUUUCUUGAUGAAUCAGAACAGACAGAUACGCUUUUUUGAGGUUUGGUGAGUAAUCCAGUCUUCUUCUUCGAAAGAUCUCUCAGUAGGUGUUUACCUUCCAUCUUGAUGUGACGGUAAAGCACCUUUGCGUUCAGGUUUUUAAAAAUGAUGACCGGUCACAUGUCUCCUGUUUUCUUCCAAACUAGGAAGAUAUUGCUGAAACGUACUCCUGGACCUAGCCAGUUGAAUAGCUCCUUUCUUUGGUACCACUGUACUGUUUGCACGAUCCAUAUAUCUGUAGAAAUUUUAGAACCAUGCCUGUAAGAAAAGAGCAUGGAAGCCACAUCCUCUGUCUGAGACACAAGAGGGGAUAUAUUGAAAUCUUGUGAUGAACUCUGGGUAGAGUGAAGUAUUGUGAAAUGGUCUUGGGCCUGUAGGCCAAAACCAGCUGGUGGCAGGGUCCUUCUGCUGACCAGCCCUGGAAAGAACAACCCUGGAGGUGGUGCAAAAAACUAUUUUCAACUUAGAUUAUGCUUUGUUUAAUGAAGAGAAAAGUUUGACAUGCAUAUUCAGCUCCUUGAUGAAAGGCUUCCUGAACAGUAUGCCCUGUGCUGCCGGGCCUAGUUCUUUCAUUCCCAAGUCUGCCAGUUUUAGUCUAUAUGUAAUAGAGCUGCUUUCCUCCAUUUGAUGGCAAACACCAAAGCAAAUGCACCUCAGUGCCCAUUCACAAAUAUCACUUGCAUCCAGGGAAAUAGCCUGAGAGAAAGUAUAAUUUGCCAAUUAUUGUAUUUGUGCCAAUGGCCCAAAUAUGUUUAGUAACUUAUCUUGUGUCAUUUUCAAGCCACGUUAUAUACCCUUAUGAGAGUCUGUGCCAUGGGGACCAUAUAGGUGACCAUAGUUAGGUCAAAAUACCCCACAUAGUUAACAAUAUUAAACUAAGUACGUAAACAACUAUAUAUGAUAUGAAUGAUGUGAGUAUAAAUAAAAGAGAUAUGUCCAAUUAAACAAUCCAGCUAGUGGAACCAAACGCGCUGACCUGUACCUGAUAUGGAGCAGCAAAAAAAGAGAAUCUACUUCCUGUUGGGGGACUGUGUCUAUGAAUUUUAUUAAUUGUUUUUUUCAUUGGUUGUUCUUUGCUGCUAUGCAGUGGCAAUAAGAAAAGUUAAACAAAAUAUGAAGCCUUUUGUAAUGUUGGAAAAUUAAACAGUAGGAUCAAUAUUGAAGGAAGAGAAUAAUAUAUUUACAUAUAUAUAUAUAUAUAUACAUAUAUAUAUAUAUAUAUGUAUCUUUAACAAAGAGUGCACUAAAAUUAAACAGUGGAAGCACUACUGAAGAGAAUAAUUCACAUAAAGUGUAUAUGGUGUAUAUUUUAUUUUAUAUAUAGACUAUAAGGAAGUGAAAAACGGUAAAAGAGUUAGCUAUUAAACACCUCUUAACAAAAAAGCAGAAUGGAAUGUUAUUCAGGUUAAACACAAACACAUUGUUUGAACAAGAAUCAAUCAUGAUUUUCUGACCGGUUUUCUAAAGAACCUGUCACAGGGGUGUGGAAAUUGAAUUGACAGACGCCCUGGGACAUGUAGUUCUGGGCAGACAGUUUGCUUGGCCUGUCCAUAGUAGAGAGAGGACAGGUCUGGGAUGUGAGGUCUAUUCCUUUGGUGAGUGUAAAUAAUCACUCCAUCGCAGUCUGGUGCUCUCUAGUGAGUUAGAUUGCAUCUGCAUCUGGAUUCCUAGCCUGUAUUCUGAUUCACUGCAUGCCUGAUGGAGCUCUGCUUCUGUUGCAGCUGCAGACCACACACUCCUCCACAGGACCACCAGGGAUACCACCAAUGCACAUUGCAAACUGCCAACUCACACCACAAACUUCAUACAGCCACUACACCGCACCACACACACACACUACACACUACACACACACACUACAUAUAGCAAGCGCACACACCACACACAUAACAUACAACCAGCACACACCACACAUACAUGACAUAGAGCUAGCACACAUUACAUAAAGAUAACACACACUGCAUACAGCCAUCACAUCACACACAUAUUAAAACACUACACGCAUUACAUGUAUUACAUACAGCCAGCUACUCCACACACAUUACAUAAAGAUAGAACACACUGCAUACCGCCAUCACAUCACACAGAUAUUAGAUACAGCCAACACACGCUACACAUAUUACAUUUAUUACAUAUAGCCAGCACACACUACACAUAAUACAUUUAUUACAUAUAGCCAGCACACACCACAAGCACACUUUAUGUAGAGCCGGCACACACCACACACACCAAUUACAUGCAGCCAACACACCACACACACACAUUACAACAAGUUUACAAACAUCACACAUUCAUUACACCGAGCCACCAAUGUUCUCUAAUUUUUCUUAGUUGGUGUGUGCAGACAUUUUUUCUUGACAUUUUUUCUUAUACUGAUCCCAAAUGUUGUGCACGCUGAAUGUUUGUGCAAAUGUAAACCUGAACUAGUUUCUCGAUAAUUUUGGUACAGCCCCCUUCUCAUGGUUAAUUACACUACAUUACACUAUUACUAUGUGAUAAUGUAGUACUAGUAGCUACACAACAGUAUUACUGUAAAGUCUGCCUGUGAGACAGACAAGACUCUGCUAAUGCCCAAAUAGGUCUGUCAUACAGUCCAGAGAAAGCAAUAGGGGGCAACUGCGCAGACCACACUGACAAGGGAGCACACAUAACAGUAUACAACAAAGUGCAGGGCCUGUUUUAAGGCAAAACUCACACUGCAUGUUAAAGGGCCCCCCUUGCAACAUGGGGUGGUGCAAAACAUUUUUCUCCCUACAAGGGGUUGGAUCUAAAUGUUCUCACCCCAUUUUGGCUCCACUUCCAGGAACUAUUCUAUGGUAAAUUCUCCCUGCAUGAGCGGUAAAUACAUAAAACUUGCAUAUCUUUCCAAUCAUAAAAAAGUAAAGACAUAAAAACUUAUUAUAUCAUUAUAACAAUCAUGAGCAGUAAAGGCAUCAACUAUGCAGAUGUUCUUUGUUCGACUUGUUCCAUUAACCCAUUAAUGCCGACCAGGGCUGCCACCAGAAAUUUUGGGGCCCCUGACACAGCCCACCAACUGGGCCCCCUGGGGCCCGCCCCCCAAGUCAGUCCACAUGACCUGCCCCAAGUCUGCCCACAUGACCUGCCCCCAAAUCCACCCACAGGGCCCAUCUUAAGUCCACCCACAAGGAUGAAGUAUGUGUGUACUGAAUUUGUUUGUGUGCAUAGUGGCUAUAGAAUGUGUGUAGUAGAUACAAAGUGCGUGAGUAAAGUGGAUACGCUGUUUAUAAUGCAUUCAGAUAGUAUGUUUGUGUAGUGGACAGAGUGUAUGUGUAUAGUGGAUGUAGUGUGUGUGUAUAGUUAAUGCAGUGUGUGUGUUUGUGUACUGGAUGUAGUAUGUGUAUAGUGGAUACAGUGUGUCUGUGUAGUGGAUAUAGUGUUUGUGUAGUGGAUAUAGUGUUUGUGUGUAUAGUAAACGCAGUGUGUGCGUUUGUGUAGUGGAAGUAGUGUGUAUAUAGUGACUGCAGAGUGUAUGUGUAGUGGAUGUAGUGUGUGUAUAGUGAAUGCAGAGUGUGUGUUUGUGUAGUGAAUGCUGUGUGUGUGUGUGUAGUGGAUGAUUUGUUUAGUGGAUGCAGUUUGUGUGUUUAUGUAGUGGAUGAUGUGUGUGGUUUUGUGGUGGAUGAUGUGUGUGGCUGUUUAGUGGAUGCAUUUUGUGUGUGGUUGUGAAGUGGAUGAUGUGUGUGGUUGUGUAGUGGAUGAUGUGUGUGUGUGUGUAGUGGAUGCAGUUAGUGUGUUUAUGUGGUGGAUGAUGUGUGUGGUUGUGUAGUGGAUGAUGUGUAUGGUUGUGAAGUGGAUGAUGUGUGUGGUUGUGUAGUGGAUGAUGUGUAUGGUUGUGAAGUGGAUGAUGUGUAUGGUUGUGUAGUGGAUGAUGUGUGUGUGUAGUGGAUGCAGUUAGUGUGUUUAUGUGGUGGAUGAUGUGUGUGGUUGUGUAGUGGAUGAUGUGUAUGGUUGUGUAGUGGAUGAUGUGUGUGGUUGUGUAGUGGAUACAGUCUGUGUGUUUGUGUGGUGGAUGAUGUGUAUGGUUGUGUGGUGGAUGAUGUGUAUGGUUAUGUAGUGGAUGAUGUGUAUGAUUGUGUAGUGGAUGAUGUGUGUGGUUGUGUAGUGGAUCGCCGACUGUUCUUUGUUCAACUUGUUCCAUUAAUUAAUAUUCCCAUACAGUAAAGCAACAGUCAAGGAAUAGACAAAUAUUACGCAUAUAAGCAACAAAUGACUGCACAUUUUUUUAAAAUGGUAAAGGACAUCAAGAUCAUAGUUCCAAAAGUUUUAAAACACAAAGAAAAAUAAAACGGAAUGUUGAAUCUUUCAAGAGAUAAGUGCAGAUGGUUGAUGUGAGCAGAGUAAUAAAUUAGAACAAAGGGAAAUAUUUAUAUCUGACAUUAUGCAUGAUAAAAUCUAAUAAUAAAACAGCCUAGCUGCAGACAGGAUCUGUGGCCCCUCAGCCGAUGCCUGUAGAGGGAGAGGUACUGCCACGAGGAAACUGUAUUCCAGCCAAUCUGAUAGGGUCUCCCCUUCGUAACCAAGCUGCAAGACACUCCAGCACGACGUUCCAGAUGUCUGGAUCCUCCAAAUCACCUAUAAUUUUAAUGAUUCAUUGAGGGGACAACGAGAUUGCACCAGUGGGGACUGGGAUAUCCCCUGCCGGUCCAAAGACGGGGGAAGAGGGCUCAAGUACUAUCAUAUCAUGGCAGAGGAUUGACCGCCUCCCCCCGCCUCAAGCGUGACUAACAUGGGCUAUGCCCACCAGAUUCAGGCAAACGUAAGCCAAGCAUUCAAUUUAAUUUUCCACAGGAGAAUAAGCAAGAGUUUUUCCAAAAGUAUUACAACAAAGUCAGUUAUUAGGCUUAGUAAGAGGUUUUUUCUAGAGGAGCUCCAGACACAUGCGACUAUCUUGGUCAGCUAUCAACCCCUGCCCCUAGCAUACAAAUAUUUGAUGUGAAAUGAAAGCCCUGUUUCUCCUGAACAAAAUUAUGGAUAAUUUGUGUGGGUGCAAUUAAUAUGACGGAGAUUGAACAGACAUAUAGCCAGGGCCGUCUUUAAUAUUGAUGCUUGAACCACCUGGACCCUGCCUCUCCUCCCCCUCACCCCCUCACCCCCUAAUCCCUGGCAUGUAUUCAUGCCCUUUACCCCACUGCAGUGGUGAAACUAAAGUAGAGAGGGCCCUGGUGCAAGAUGUAUUUUGUAUCCCCCCCUAUCGCAAAAAGUUGAUCCCCAUCUGUCAUGCAACUCCACCAAUGCGCUGACAGCUGGCGCUCUACAAUUUUCCCAUGCUUGCAGGGUUGUAUUUAGCACUGGGCAGUAUUUGUGUGUUUUAAUCUAAGCAUGUUUUUGUAUUGAGUAUGUUUGUGUGAAUGUAGGGGUGUGUUUGUAUAUGGUGUUGGCGUUUUAAUACAAGCAUGCAUUUAUGUGUAGUGUUGGUUUUUGAAUGCAGGGGUGUAGUUAUAUAUCAUUUUGGUGUUUAACACAAAGCAUAGGCGUGCACACGGGGUGUGCCGGGUGUGCCUAGGCACACCCUAAUCCCCGCGGCAGGGGCUAUGUGCCUCCCUCCGUGGGCCGGUGAGGGAGAUCAAAGAUCUCCCUCACCUAACCACAGGCAUGCAGGGAGGCAGGAGAGGACCCAGGGAGCUCAUGUCAGCAGCUCCGCCAGUUCAUCUCGCGCGGUCGGAGCAUUGCCGCACAAGGGACUAGAGUUCACUCUCCACUGGACCACCAGGGAUGGCAGCAGCACAGUUCCCCCUCCCUACAUAAAGUAAGAAGGGAGGGGGGAUAUUAACUAAACGGCCCCCACACCCCACACAUUACACACAAACAUACAGCACACACACACUAACAACACCCUUACACACACAGCACCCUCACACUAACAACACCCUUACACACACACUAACAGCACCCUCACACUAAAAACACCCUUACACACACAGCACACACACACACAGCACACACUAACAGCACCCUUACACACACACAGCACACACUAACACCCUUACACACGCAAACUAACAGCACCCUUACACGGGACACACUAACAGCACCCUUACACAUACACACACUAACAGCACCCUCACACACUAACAGCACCCUCACACACACUAACUAACAGCAUCCUUACACACACAGCACCCUCACCCACACACACACUAACAGCACCCUUACACACAGCACCCUCACACAAACACACACACACAGCACACACUAACAGCACCCUUACACACACAGCACCUUCACCCACACACACAAAGCACACACGAACAGCACCCUUACAUACACACACACACACACUAACAGCACCCUUACACAUAGACACACUAACAGCACCCUCACACACACACAGCACACACUGACAGCACCCUUACACACACAGUACCCUCACCCACACACACACUAACAGCACCCUUACACACAGCACCCUCACACACACACACACUAACAGCACCCUUACACACACAGCACACACUAACAGAACCCUUACACACAGCGCCUUCACACACAGCGCGCCCACACACACUGCGCCCGCGCACACACACAGCGCCUUCACACCGCAGUGUGUGUGUGUAUAUAUAUAUAUAUAUAUAUAUAUAUAUAUAUAUAUAUAUAUACACACACACACACACGCGGCGUGUGUGUUUCUGCUUUAGGGUGUAAACCCUUAUACAAUAGGCUGCGCACGCCUAUGACACAAAGGUGUGUUUGUAUGUACUGUUGAAGUUUGAAUGUGGGGUGUUUUUGUGUGGUAUAUGCGUUUGAAUGCAGAGAUGUAUGCGCAUCUACACUGCCCCACACACACACACCUUGAUACACCCUCACUGCUGCAGACUGGCUUUCUAUACAGGGACCGGCUUUCACUGCUGCAGACUGUCUUCUUUUACACACAGUCAUACAUUUAGUAUCUUCUUUUACACACAGUCAUACAGUCUCACAAGGACAUGCAGCCAGACAUAGAAAGCAAGUGCCACAUAUUGUGUCUAACACUUACUCUCACAUACACAAACACACACACACACACACACACACAAACAGACAAAUGCACUACAAACCUUCUCCCACACUGUACUGCUUACAUUGCAGGAGAUCAGACAGACAGCCCCAUGACGCACUAGUGUUGAUUUGAAUUCUUGUUCGUCUCUUGGUCAGGCAACUUAGGGCUACUUCAUCAAUCACACCACAGUUAUCUGGAGGACAGUAUUUUAUAUAUUAAAAUCAUAAAUAAUGCUAUGUAUAGGUAAAAAAAAAAAAAAUAAAGCAGGAAAGUUGAGUGACCUGUACUGCUUACAUUGCAGGAGAUCAGACAGCCAAUUACAUGAUGCACUAGUGUCGUUUUAAUUUCUGGUUUGUCUUUUGGUUAGCCAAGUGUGAGCUACUUCAUCAAUGACACUGCAGAAUUUUGAGGACAGUAUUUUCAUACCGGGCUGGACUGGCAACAGUAAGCAGCAUUGGAAAAAUAUUAUUCUAGCCCUAUAAUGUAACAUAGUGUAUUUGUAUUUUUUAUAUUUAUGUGUUUUGGGAGCUGUUAUUUUGUUUCUUAACUGCAGUCCCUCACUCCAGGUGACCCAUGGGUAUUACAGUGCUGUAACAGCCUCCUUCCAGGCUUCCCCCUGUCUCUUGUGAUGAGCCCUGCUUGGGGACACUUCUAUAAGCAGGGCAUUCCUUCAUGUCGAUAUUAGCAUAUUGGCAUCAAUGUGUCAAUGGCAUCACUGCAGCAAACAUAUAUAUUUUAAAAAGCAUGUUCCACAUGAAUAAAUCUCACAAGCUCACUGACACACACACACACUCACACUACAGACAAGCUCUCUGACACACAUGUUGACUACAGACAAACUCACUGACAAACACAGAAACACUCAAACCCACACAAGCUGACUGACACAAGCAAGCUCACUGACACAUACACAAACUCACUAUAGACAAGUUUACUGAUACACACAAGCUCACUAUAGACAAUCUUGCUGACACACACAAGCUCACUAUAGACAAUCUUGCUGACACACACAAGCUCAUUACAGACAAGCUCACUGACACACACAAGCUCACUGAAACACACCACUCUGACCAACACAAGCUCACUACAAACAGGCUCUCUGACCCACAUAAACUUACAACAGACAAACUCAAUGACACACACAAGGUCACUAUAGACAGGCUCACUGACACACACAAACUCACUGCAGAAAAUAUCACUGACACACACAAGUACACUACAGACAAGCUCACAAAGCUCUCAUACACAAGCACAAACUCAAUGACACACACAAGGUCACUAUAGACAGGCUCACUGACACACACAAACUCACUGCAGACAAGUUCACUGACACACACAAGCUCACUACCAACAUGCUCAGUGAAACACACAAAAACUCACAAUAGACAUGCAAGCUCACUACCUACAGGCUCAGUGAAACAUACACACACACACACACACACACACACACACAUACACACACUGCAGACAAACUCACUGACACACACAAGCUCACUGAGUGUAAUGUUCCAGGAGCAGGGUCCGAGAGGAGACGAUUGUCAGGGUUAUUGGUUGAAACUUUCUUUUUCUUUUUAGACAUAACAAUUUACUUGAAAGCAAGAAUUAAGGCAAUAUGCCCCAAACAGGAUAUCUUGAAAGUAAAUGAAUAAAGUAUUUUAUAUACAAAUAGGUUUGAAGAUAUUCCAAGUAGCUUAGUAUUCUGUGGAAUGUCACACUGCAGCCAGGCUCAGGAUGAUACAGGGUUGGAAUGGUUAAAGAUGGUAAGUACUUCAGUAUAAUAUAGUACAGGUUGCUUAAAGGAUUAUGCAGAGUUGCAGCAGUUGAGACAGGCAAAUAGAUUCCAGUAUAAUGAAAUACAGGUUGCUUACAAGAUCAUGCAGUGUUGCAGCAGUUGAGACAGGUAAGUAGACUCCAGUAUAAUAUGGUACCGGUUGCUUACAGGAUCAUGCAGUUUUGCAAUAGUUGAAGAUAUGAGUUUCAGGAGGAUUCCGGUGACAGGACACACAGAGUCUCAACGGAGGAUCAGGAGGUUUUCAGGAACCAGAUACAGGAUGUUUUCAGGAGUCAGGAUACAUGAUGUUUUCAGGCAGAACACUGACUUCAAUGUCAGAACACUGACUUCAAUGUAAAGGCCAUGUGAAGAGUCGGGUGUGGCCUUUUAUAGCAGACUUGGAAGAUCAUAUGAGGCAGGUGAGAGCAACAGAGGAUUGACUAGUGGUUAGGGAGGCCACUAGAGGCGAGAAAUGGGUAUUGCAGCAAUAAAAUAAAACAAUACCUUGUUUGUCAGGAUAGAAUCCUGACACUGAGACAAAUAUAGCCAAUUGUGACUCUAGCUAAGUUGGAGAAUGUUCAGAUAUAUUCAUGCAAUGUGCUUUAGUUUUUCCAUUCAGAUUUAGUUUGAGAAAAUUCAGAGUUUACUGUAAAACCCUGUCUGCAUCCAUGUCAUAGAUUGGGUUAUCACCAAGCAGAAUUCCCAUACCCCUGCUGAUACCUGUACUUUGAACUUUUGCUAUUUAAUAAAGCCAUUUGAUAAAAGAAUACAAAUGCUAAGGUAUUACUAGUAUAAUGUUACUGAAGGUAUUGUCUUGCAUUGUAAGGGACAUUAAUCUGCAAGAGUAAAAUAUUUUGCUACAAAAUUAAUCAGGGGAAUAGAAGAUUUUAUGAAACAGACAAAAAAAAAGUCUCAGUUGUAUUAUGAAAUAAUUUCACAAAAAUAUAUAAGGGUAGUACAAGAACUCUCAGUUCACUUCAGUAAUUUGAAUAGAAAUCUGUAUAUAUGUAUUCGAGUUAAUACUUAGACAGAGGGUAUACACAGGAGUGGAUUAGCUGUGCUUUCCCAGUUUUAUUGCCAUGAAAUGUUUAAAGGUUAACUUUAUUGGGUAAUAAUGUGGUAUAUGUCAGACGAUUUACAACGGUGACUCAAACCAAUGUUCCUCUUCCAGGUGUCUAAUUUUACACACAAAUUGCCAGCAAGUCUAGCUUUAUUAGUGUAGCUGACUAACUGUAAGGAUACAUACCCUUACAUUAUGCCCCUCAACUGGUGCCCCUAACUCCCUGAGUAAGUACCACAUCAGUUUCCUACCUUCACAAAAUUGCGUCAUUACCACCUCCCACUCAUGUUAUAGGGGGGCGUGUUUCAGAGUUUAUAUAUGUACGCCUUCCUUCUGCCUAUAUCACCUCCGGGCUGGCUUAGAAUUUUGAGAUAAAUGCAGUAGGUAUAAAUCUGAUGUCGUGUUAUUGAUUGUGUGCUUACUAGAGGUCAAAAUCUUAUUCUGAGUUGUCAUCUUUCCUUGCUGGACCCCCCCUGACAGAAGAUACCGUUACUUUGCCAUCUAAGUGAGUAAUUAGGAUUACUGUUAAUUUUCUUUUUUUUUCUUUUUUCUUUUUAACUGUUGUUGGUGUAACUAAUUUGUUUCUCAUCUAUUUUUUGUAUGCUCUGUAACUAUUUUGUUGCUCAUAAUAAAUACUCCUUUAUUAAGUACUGUCUUUGUCUGGUAUUCACGCUACCUGCAGAGACCUAUUUAUUCGUUUUUUGAUUGCAUAUAUAUAUAAUGCUAAAUUUAAUUUUGUGGGUUGUUAAUCGAAUUUGUUGGGGAAGCAAAGCACCCCAUUUAUAAAUUGUUUUUAUCAUUAAUUCCGGUCUAGUGCACACCACCAGAACCAAGUGAUAAGCACACUUGGAUAAAUGUGCGUUUGUGACAAUCAGCUACUAGUAGCAAACAGACUUCAGAAAACCUGGCGUUCCAUAUAAUUAUACAAGAAUUAGCCAGAUCAUUAACAGUGAAAAGUUUUAUAAAUUACAGAAUGAACCACACUGCCCUACUAAAAGUGUAUGAUAACUCUCAGUGAGAAACCUUCAUUAUUUCAAAAGAAGCAAAAUCAAAAUUCGUGGCCAAAAAAGGAUUUAGAGAAUAGCAGUACUUGCCAGAUCUUUCCAUUGCUGUGGUAGAUCGGAAUUCAAGGCGUUUAGUGCUUUGUAUAAUAUAAAAAAAAAAGAUAAUGACUUUGUUUUCAAAAGGUUUUACCAGCUAGUAUUUUCUGAAUUAUACGGGCAGUCUCAGUACCUUCAGCACUAUAUAUCAAUGUACAUUGCAAAAUGCAAAUAACGUAUGAAAAGAGAUUAGAAAAAAAAAUACAAAAACCCAACAGAAUAGUAUCACAAACAUUGCAGAGAUUUGGCAGCAAAAUGAAUGCAUGAAAAGUGUGAGUAUAAAUCCAGAUAUGAUCCCUGAGGUGUUUAAUUUUUGUGUGGCUCAGUGAGUUGCAUUUAGAUGAUUGUACACAAUAUUGUAAAAAACAUAGUUUUUCAAUUAUUUCAAUUUUAUAUAGGUCAUGCAUCUAAUGGUUUCAUAAGGUAUAAGAAAAAAUGCUGUCCUGUAAAGUGAAUUUGUUGUUACAGAUUCACUUUACCUGAAAUCGCCCCCAUAGGUAAAGAAUACAUAAUGUAUCAUAGAGAUUAUUAUGUAUUUAUUGUUAAAAUGUCUAGAUUUUAUUUUUAGUUACCUUGAUUCCACCAUCUCUGUGUCCUGAGCACUCUGAAUGUUAUAGUAUUGUAACAUCCACCACUGGUCCUACUCUAGUGUCAUUGGCAUUGGUUACACGCCCGGGCAGGACAAUCUUUCUCCAUGACGCCAACAUGCUCACUUCACUGCAAGCACACUGGCAUCUAAAUACGUGGCUCCUAUAUGCCUUAUCCAGUAUAAUGAGGUUGUUUCUUCUUUGACAGGUAUACUUUAAAUGAACUCUCCAAGUACCAUUAUCCCUGCCUGUAAGGUAUUACUAGGGAUCUGCCAGGUGCUGCCCCCAGCCUCUUCUUGUAGCCAAAAGCUCUUAUUACAAUGCCCAUUUCUGCAGGGCUUAGAGCUAUGGAUUUGUGCCAGACAAUCUUGAAACCAUAACAAUUAUAGUGUGCUGUUGGUGUUAUGGUGCUUGGAGUGUUCCUUUAAGAAAAAGUUACAAUUAAGUGAAAGUUGGUAAAAGUCCAUGUUAUAACUCAGUUAAGUCGUAAAAUUUUUAUUACUUACCAAAGAGCACUACUUUUGCCUUUUUAAAAAUUCUUUAUUGUUGCCGUGCAUGUGAAUAGAGAUAACAGGUAAUCUUGCUGUGCCACAAUAUCAUUAGCAAUUACGUCAAGUACAGUCAGUUUUAUGGCAUAUGAGAAGUACAGCACAGUUUUAAAUGUUAAGGUAAAAUAAUAACAGGAUGAUUAACAUGUCAGACACAUGGCAAGGCAGGUGUGGAAAUAAAUCAAUUUAACAUGCUGACAAUUUAGGGCAUAAGUGUAUAAGAAAACAAGCUUAAAGAAGACAUUUCCAAUUUUUACGCUUUUAGCAGAACGGGGCAUGAAAUGUCCAGUAACUUUGUUCUCCCAGAGGGCUCCCCCAUUACGGCAGCUAUGUACACUCUAAGGUGAGGGUGUAAUGUUGUGUGUGUGGGAACCAGCAGACUCAGAUAAAAACUUCAAAAUCAAAAGGAAAAAGCUGUCCAGCAUGCAAAUGCAAUGGUAUGUAUCGCUUAUAUGAAAAGACAGGAGGUGUGAGAAUAAAUGGCUGUGUUUCCUACCAGUUGUCCCCACUCAACCAAUGCCUUCGAGAGGUAGAGCACAGUCCGGUGUUAUGCAGAGUGAUUUCAGGCCCCAAAAAGCAGGUAUUCGCAGCCGGUGCUCGCAGCAUAUCGCUCUCAAUAUUUCCUGGUCUCCCUUGUGAUCUCCGGUUCGUGCCGAUGUAGGUAGAAGGUUACAGUUCGUGCAGCCAGUCUCCUGUGGUGGAGUCUAACUGCAUCCCUCCUCAUCUGUGGACUGGCUUGUGCAGGUGGGAGAGGUCGCUUGAUCCGCCACUUGUUCCCGCUCUCUGCACUCUAACGGCCAUGAGCCUGUGCUAGGUGCGAUUCCAUAGGUGGGUUAACAUUUGCUUCUUGCCUGGUAGCUUGUCGUAGUGUUUGUUUUUCCCAGAAGGCAGCAAAUAUGUUAUCCAGCCAGGUCGCGAGGUCAGGCCUCUCACCACAAUAACUUGAGGAGCACGUGGCAUCCUCAAUGUUGCGUGACUCUGUGCCCACAGUUGACUCACUCGGCACUAUUCCUUGUGCCUUUCACAUCCGGGUUGCCCUCCAGCAGUGGGCCGGGAUCUCUCCCCACCGCUCCGGGGGGUGUGGGGUAGGAGGUUAGUGGGUCCGCACUGCCGAUGCAAAGGAGGGGAGAGCAGCCACCAACUCCCCAGCUCCGUCACCUGCAGGCUGCACUAAACCACCUCGUGCUCCCAAUAGUGAUAAUGCCAGGGAAACGUGUCAAGAUGCUUGCCAGGGCAAUAUAUAAGUAGCGCUGUUUGGCGUUGGUUUCCUCUUGGGUUCAGGGAGUAUUCCCAGGAAAUCAGCUGAUUAUCGGGAGCCCCUCCAACAUGCGUCCAUUCAGUUUGCAAGUCAGGCUCUACCCCCCUUCUUUGGCAUUUUACCUUCUGUUUUUCCCAGACAGACCUUCUUAAACUGCAUUUUUUGUGAUGUUUGUUUUGUAAGCUAUUUCUAGCACUAACAGUGCAUGCCUGUCAUCCAUUCACCUGUGAGAUAUUUAUGAAAUUUGGCUGAGCAGGAAUUGAGGAUUAAGAUAUUAAAAUGUUUAGUGCAUGUGUCACCCACAAAACCCGUCAGGGUUAUUUACUACAGUUAGAAUUCAAUGUGAAUUUCAUAUUUAAGGUCAAAAUAGUCAAACCAAAUUAACUUUCUAUGUCGCCUAUGCUUUCAUUUCAGAUAAAUGUUAAAUUCACUUUGAAAUUUCACUUAAGUAGAUAACCAUGUACCAGACUUCUUACCAAGAGAGAGUAUAAUAGCUCCCCAUGCCAACACAUGACAUGCGGAAGAUGGGAGCAUCUCUACUGAAAUUUUGAAACUAGUGACUGGGCAAUUUGCCAUAUUUUCGUGGAUGUAUUUCACUGAUAAAUAUUGAUGGCUCGUCUUUUCUUGGUCAGAACAGUGCCUUUCAUGUCAGAUAAAGCAUGCACUGCAUUUAACCUUGUGUGCCUGGACCUUUCUCUUUGUGUCAUUAUUAUUAUUAUUAUUAUUAUUAUUAUGCCAUUUAUAUAGCGCCAACAGAUUCCAUAGCACUUUACAAUAUUAUGAGAGGGGGGAUGUAACUAUAAAUAGGACAAUUACAAGAAAACUUACAGGAACAAUAGGUUGAAGAGGACCCUGCUCAAACGAGCUUACAGUCUACAGGAGGUGGGGUAUAAGACACGUUAGGACAGGAAAUAUAAAUGUUGUUGGGCAGUUUAUAAACACUUUUCAUGUACUGCCCUUCAGCACAAACAACAAGGAACAAUCAACACACUGAUUUGUUUUAUGGUUUAAAGGAACAAUCAAGCUAAGUGUGUCAUAUUUGUGACAGUUCAUAAAAGAUCAGAUUUGAUAGCAACUAACACUUGUAUAAAUAGGGGCAGUGAUGACGAGGGAGAUUUUCUUCUGUUAUCUCCACAGAGCUAGCAGAAGUAGCAGACACGCUAAGCUAAAGCUCAGUGCAAAGCAUAGGAAAGACGUAAUCUCGUUCUCAAAUAGAAGCCACUGAUUGGAGUGUUCCCUGGUGUAUGGGAAAGACGGAGAUGGCUGCAGACAGCGGGUCUGUAGCUUCCAUAAACUUUUUUUUUUUUUUAAAUAAACUCCCAUAAAAAGCAUGCAGAAAAAAAUAUAUGCAUAUUUUCUUUGUGGCAUGCCUACUUAAUUGUUCAAUAAUUUUCAUUGCCAUUUGUUUAAAUACAGUAAUUAAAAAAUAUAUUAAAUGGUUCAUUUCAUUAGCUUUGAGUUUCAAAACAAUCAACCUAAAAGAAAUUAUUGGGCAUAUCAGUAACACUAACAUCCCUAGCGCAGAUAUUUCCUGAAUGCAGCUUUUUUGGUAAUGCACUAUAGUCUGUCAAUUUUCUAGUAAAAUAUAAUCAGGAAAAAAAAAUGACAAGUUGCAAGGCAGUUUCAACUCUCCUCCCCUGGAAUUGGGUGUUUUCCUUAACCUUUAAUCCUAAACAAAACAAAAUUAAAAAAAAUAUUGUUUCUGAGUUGCUCAAGAAUGUACAUUCCUUGAGAUGUAUUUGAGUGAUUUUCAUUUUUGUAACUCAGAUUUAACUAGUUUUGCCAGAUCCACCAUGUUUUGUUGAAACCAUAGCACUUUUCCAGGGUACCGAAUAGCACAUGUAACGAGCAACUUUGUCAAGUAACACAACUUUGUUGUGGGCAGGGCCAGAUUAAGAGACCAGUGGGCCUGGUGCUGACAAUUAUGAUGGGCCUAAUUACAGAAUUUUAUCGACCAAAACCACUAAAAUAGUCAUACCUACCAAUCGUCAUGUAUCUGGCGGAAGUGGUGCUGAAGGGAAAUUCAUAGGAUGCAGCUAUGAGAAAACACACACUCUAUGCUAAUCCUUCUCUAAUUUAUCCUUUCAUAUUUCAAGUAAAUCCAUACCCCUAACAGCAAUGUCCAGUGAAGCAGGACAGGGUAAAAUUACUAAUUUGCAUAAUUAAUUAUGUAUGCGUGUAAAUCACAAGGAGUGACCCAAGAGAAAAUUCUGUAAAAUCACCAAAAAAACUACUCACAAUUAUUCUGCUGAAUAAAAGAUGGAUUGUUACCAGUGUCUCCCUGUCUCCCAGUGUCUUAGUGUCCCCGAGUCUUCCAGUGUCCUCAUGUCUCCCAGUAUCCCCUAGUGUCUGUGUCCCCUAUGUGUUUCAGUGCCCCAUGUGUCCCAGUGUCUCCUCAUGUCCCCAUGUCUUUUAUGUAUCACAGUGUCCCUAUGUAUCACAUUGUCUCAGUGCCCCCUCAUUUCCCCAUGUUGCCCAGUGUCACUUGGACACUAGGGGACACUUAAGAGACAUGGUAACACUGUGAGACAUUUUGACACUAGGGGACAGUGGGAGACACUGUGACAUAGGGACAGUGGGAGACAUGCGGAUACUGAGUCACUAGGGACACUGAGAGACAUGGGGACAUUAGGAGACAUGGGGACACAGACGCUAGGGACACAGUGUCUCAGUGUCCCCAUGUCUCCCAGUAUCCCCUAGUGUCUGUGUCCCCUAUGUAUCAAACUGUUUCAGUGCCCAAUGUGUCCCAGUGUCCCCUCAUGUCCCCCUGUCUCAGUGUCUUCUAUGUAUCACAGUGUCCCAAUGUAUCACAAUGUUUCAGUGCCCCAUGUGUUUCAGUACCCCAUGUCUCCCAGUGUCCCCUCGUGUCCCCAUGUUGCCCAGUGUCACUUGGACACUAGGGGACACUUAAGAGACAUGGUAACACUGUGAGACAUUUUGACACUAGGGGACACUGGGAGACACUGAGACAUAGGGACAGUGGGAGACAUGCGGACACUGAGAGACUUGGGGAGAUUAGGAGACAUGGGGACACAGACGCUAGGGACACAGUGUCUCAGUAUCCCCAUGUCUCCCAGUGUCCCCAAGUGCCUAGUGUCUCACAGCGUCCCCUAGUGUUUCAGUGUCCCCUGAUCUUCCAGUGUCCCCAGGUUUCUCAGUGCCCCCAAGUGUCUCAGUGUUCCCAGGUCACCCAGUGUCCCCUAGUGUCUCCCAGUGUCCCCAUGUCUCCCUGCAGCCUUUACCCCAUUCCUCACUUCCUUGAGCUGUAGGCUGUCUCUGCAGGCUGGGAGCUGCUGUCUGGACUCUCUGUGCUGUGUAGCUGCUCCCCCAUGGAUCAGUGUGUAGAGAGAGGCAGAGAUAUGCUGUAACUACCUAUCCCUGCCUCUCUCCACACACAGUGACCCCUACUGGCCAGCGCAGGUAUUGCAGAGUAAUCUCUGUUUAUACAUAGAAAUAUGCCAGCAUGUGUAUUGCCGGUUUUACUGCAAUACUGGCACUGGCCAGGGAGUCAAAUACCAUAAAAUACCAGCCAGGUAUUAUUAUUAGAGUAAUGUGUAAAAAAAAAAAAAAAAAAAAUUAUUUUUUUUUUCAAAAUCAAUGGGCCUAUUCCAUGGGCCUGGGCCUGGAGCUGCAGCUCCAUUAGCCACUAUGUUAAUCCAGCCCUGGUUGUGGGGUACACAAGUUUAUACCUCUCAACACUUCCUAUUUCUGAUGGUCAGUCCCUGUAUACCUCUGUCCCUCUUUUCUGUCCUAAAGUUUCUUGUUUCUAUGGGCUCCAUAUUGUUGGUUUGUUUGACAGAGUAUAACAGAGCGAUAAUACACAUAGUAAUGUGUCUUUAAACUACAAUAAAUGUGCACAAAUCAGUCUUUGUAAAUAAUAUACAUUGUUCAUGUAAUAAAUUACAUGCUUAGUUUUAUACAUUUUUGUUGGUCACCUAACAUUUAUCAUAACAGGCCAGUCCCAGGCCACAUCCUCACUCACAACCCUAAAAUUAAAAUGUCCCUCUUUGUCCAUUGGAACUGUUGGCAGGAAUUCAUGUUCUCGUCUCUCUACAGAGCAGACCAUCAAAUGGUGGGGUGAAGGGUGGGGAAAACCCAUAGAGGGGAAAACCAAGUCAAGGUCACUUAGGAUGAAAUUUUAGCCCACACAUGUAUUCUUUGGCAAUACCCAGCAUAAGGACCACCCUUAUUUGUUGUUGUUGAGAGGGCAAUAAGCAAUGCUUUAUUGGAUCAUGGGGACAAUGUUUGCAAUAUCCACCAUAUUUUUCAACACACACAUCAUCUCAUUCUCAGAGUGCGUCAGGAGCAUAGGCUGCCCUGAGUGGGGCCAGCUAGAGAGGCAAUCAGUGCAUGGCUGGCACGCUUUCUUUUUGUGAGGGUUGUACUUAACUGGACAAGAUUGAUUCUUUAGGAGGCAUACCAGCCCUUCCUAUCCCUCCCUACCAGAUUGAUACCUCUUGUUGUAGGGAUGUGCGCACCAAUACAUAUUGAUGGACAGUGCAAAAAAGUGCAGGAAAGUAGGUAGGAAGGAAAUUAAGUCAUUAGUCAAUUAAUAAUUAGGGAUUAUUCUAGCCUCGGUGAGGGAAUAAUCUAAAUUUUAUUAAAGACAGGAGGCGAAUAUUUUCUUUACCUUCUUUACUGAAAACCUCCAGCAGCAAAGAAACAGUUAACAGAACUUUUCAAACAACCAAUAAGAACAAAACAGGCAUCAGUAUAAAACCACUGAGGCAGACCCUCCCACUUCCUCUUUCUUUGAUGAGGUCGAGCAGGAGAACAUGAAGACCAAACGAAAGCAGAAACCGGCAAACUCGGAUGAGAAACCGCCAUAUCCAGAACAGUUCAGAUCACACUGUAAAAGAAAAGAAACAUCGUGAAAGUAAACUGCCAUAGCAGAAUGUCAUACCAAACACAAUCAGCGCCUCAAUAGACCACAAGCUGAUAAAUGAAUGUACACUGAUAACCAAUUGUAGUAAAAAGUGUUUAUUAAAAUAAAUUUGAGCCAUACAUGAAAACGCAUACAACAAAACCCAAAUUAACAUAAAGGCAAAACAAAUCCAAUUCCCGGGUGGGAAACAAGAAGGGUGGGAAAUAUUCGCCUCCUGUCUUUAAUAAAAUUUAGAUUAUUCCCUCACCGAGGCUAGAAUAAUCCCUAAUUUUAUGUCAGGACAGGAGGCUUCAUAUUUGCAAUUUUAACUUCCAGACAUGAAAACAGAAGAAACAUGAGAGCGUGGACGAAAAUAAAAGGUACGGAAAGUUGACUCUCUAGACCAGUCAGCGGCGUUGAGAAUAUCCACCAGUAACCCACCAGCUUCAAGAGCUGCUGAUGCAGGAACGCCCCGAACCGAAUAAGCCCCAAAUGAAUUAGCCACACCCGCCAAAGAGAGGAGCCAUCGAAUCCAACGAGCGAUCGUGGGUGCAGACACAGCCCCAAACGGUCGGAUGUAGGAAAUCAAUAACUGACCACGCGCGGAAGGCCGGCAUAACGAAGUCACAGAGAUAUAUGUCCGUAAACAACGUGCCACACAGAGACAUGGUCUAUCUGGAAAGUAGGGAUAGGACACUGAAGACGAAUUAGAUUUUGCCUGCGUGUGAUGGACACAGAGACACCAUCCGGAUAAAAAGAAAAAGAUUCUACGUCAAAGGCCCGGACAUCCGAAACCCGACGAAAAGAUACAAGGCAUAACAGGAGGGCCAGCUUGGCAGAGAGCUGGCGUAGAGCUAGAUCCCCAUCAUCGGGCCAUUCCUCAAGGAAACGUAAAAUGAGGGAUACGUCCCAAAAUGAGGAAUAGCGAGAAGCAGGGGGUCUCGCAAGUCUCACCCCUCGGAGUAGUCUGCAGACCGAGGAUUCUCUACCAACCCCCGUGCCUUGGAAAGGAACAUGAGCCGCUGAGAUAGCUGAGCGGAAAACAUUCAUAGUCCUAUAAGACUUACCCUGAGAAAACAAUUCAGCCAGGAAGUUCAGGACGGCCAUAACAGGGGCCGUAAAGGGAUCCAAAUGUCUCUCCAGACACCAGCAAUGCCAGGAGCUCCAGGCGUGUAGAUAUGAUCUUCUGGUGCCAGGUGCCUAAGAGUCCCAGAGUAAUUCUCUAGCCAUAGUCGAUAGUCCCGACACAUCCCAGGAACCCCGGAAACGGUCCCGGUCACCAGGGUUAGUCGAUCCUCCACCAUCAACGGAUGUGGGUUCCCCCCUGGGUCCCGUAGGAGAAAUCUGGAGGCAGGCAGUACUAGAGGGUCCCUGCACGAUAGUUCCAGCAGCAGAGGGAACCACGGCUGACUUCUCCAUAGACGUGUCACCAGUACGAUCGACACCUUCAGAAGCUUGAUGCGAUGUAGCGUCCGCAGGAUCAUGGAGAAGGGGGGAAACGCAUAUGCCCCCGACGGGGGCCAUGAUUGAAGGAACGCAUCCACCGCCAUGCUGAGGGGAUCCGGGAGCCAGCUGAAGAACCGUUCCGUCUGUCGAUUCGCCCUGGAGGCGAAUAGGUCCAGAUGGAGGGGACCACGCAGAAGAUCCAACUUGCAAAACACCGGGGGGUGAAGUCGCCAGUCGCUGGCGUCCCUCCAGUGGCGGGAGAACCAGUCCGCCACGAGAUUGUCUUGCCCCGGAAGAUAUUCCGCUACGAUCGACAACUUCCUGUCCAGACAGUAUUGGUACAGAUCCUUCGUGAGAUCCGACAGCAGUUUGGAUCGGGAACCUCCCAGUCAGUUUAUGUAUCGGACAGCUGAGACAUUGUCCAUGCGCAGGAGCAGAGAGCAAUGACUCUUCCCUUUGGUGAAACUGCGGAUUGCAAAUGACCCCGCAAUCAGCUCCAGACAGUUGAUAUGAAGAGCUUUUUCUUCCGGGGUCCAAAGUCCUCCUGUCGCCACGCCAUUGCAAGCAGCGCCCCAACCUAGGCAGCUGGCGUCCGAUUCCAGGACGAAAUCCGGUUUGGUCCCGAAGAUUGCCCUGCCGUUCCACGCCUCCAUGUGUCGAAGCCACCAGUGCAGUUCCAGACGGGCCUCGUCUGACAGUGAUACCGCCUGGUUGUAGGAAGAGGAUGAACGAAGGUAUCGAGCCUUCAGGCAUUGAAGAGCCCGGUAGUGCAGGGGCCCUGGAAAAAUGGCCUGAAUGGAGGACGAAAGUAGACCUAUCGUCCUGGCCAGAUCCCGUAGGGUGGUCCUCGGGUUGCGGAGUAGACGUCUGAUGUCCUUCCUGAUGGCAGCCACCUUGGAUACUGGCAGACGGAGAAGCGUCUGGACCGAAUCCACAAUAAAGCCGAGGAACUGGACCGAUUGGGAGGGGGUCAGUUCCGACUUUUCCACAUUGAUGACAAAACCUAAGUCCUGGAGCAGGCGGAUAGUGAAAGCCGUCUGCUGACGCAGAACGUCGGGAUCUUGUGCCAUCAACAGAAUAUCGUCCAGAUAGACGAUCGAUCUGAUCCCCCUGGCCCUCAGUGUCGCCAUGACUGGUUUCAACAGCUUGGUGAAACACCACGGAGCCGAGCUGAGGCCGAACGGGAGGCACGUGAAUUGCCAAGUGCGUCCCUGCCAGAUGAACUGAAGAAAGCACCUGUCCUCCCCAUGGAUCGGGACCGUAAGGUACGCAUCCUUUAGUCGUUCUCGCGAAGUAGAUCCCUGAGGAGAUGAAUGCCCUCCAUUUUGAAAUGUCGGUAGACGACAAAUCCGUUGAGGGCACGCAGGUUGAUCACUGGGCGGAAAUCCCCUGAUUUCUUCCUUACCAGGAAGAUAUUGCUCAAGAAGCGAGGUGGGCCUGUCACCCUUUCCACCGCACCCUUGAGCAACAGGGCGCGUAUCUCUGCGUGGACCAGAUUGGACGCCUCUCUGUCCAUACGGAUGGGCCGCGGGGCAGCGGUCUGUAUCGGGGUUGACACAAAAUCGAUCCUGAAUCCGGACACUGCCUGUAGAACCCACGGAUCCUCUGUGAUGGCCCCCCACUGAGGAGAAAAGGGACACAAUCUGCCCGCAAUGGGUAUGUGUGGUAAAUAAGGUAUGACUCUUACCUGAGGCGUAUCUUGCUCUUGUGGAGGGGGCACCUCGGCCUCUGGUCGGUCCUUGUGAAAACAAUGGGCGGUACUGGUACUGAGAGGAGGAGGAGAAGGACUCCGAAAUGCGGGGCCUGUUGCCCAUGAAGGCAGCUCUGCUGGUGGCGCGGCCCCCGGUGCCGACCAGCCCUGGAGGAAAAACGAUCCCCAGCACGGAAAACUCUGCAUAGUGAUAGUUGCGCCUUGUUCAAGGAUGUGUAGAUGGAUACGUGCCGGUUUAGCUCUUUCCUGAAUGCGUCUCCGAAGAGCAGACCCUUGGCCUCCGGGCCCAGCUCUUUGGAGGCUAGGUCGGUCAGUUUUCCAUCCAACUUGUAAAGUGCCGCCUUGCGGCGUUCCGAAUUUAGCGCCACAUUGGCAUUUCCCAGGAGGCAUAUUGCCCUCUGUGCCCACUCUCGGAGGAGGUAAGCGUCCACUGCCGGACCGCCUUGAAGGGAGUCAUCUGCCAUGAGGAAGAUCUGGGUCAGCGGACCGCUAAUAUCGAGGAGUUUGUCCUGGGCGGAGCGCAGACCCUGUUCCAGGCCCUUGCGGGGAUCCUUCCCUGACCUUGUCAUAAAGGUCGCGAACACCGGGUCAAAGUCGGGUGUGAUUGCUACCUUGUCCAGUAGCGUCGGGCGCGGGCAUUCAGCCCGAAGCUUCACUCUGACCUCCUUGUCCAAUGGGUGACGUAACCAGUAGCGGAGGAACUCCGCGAUGUGGUCCGGUGGUGUCCAUUCUGCGGAGCGAGGAUGUUUGAGGAGGCGAGGGUCGAAGAGCGGAAGACCCGAGGGAUCCAAAAUCUCACUGGUUUCAUCAGCACGAGCGGCAGAGGCUUUCUGCGAGCUGGGCAGAGUAGAGUCCAGUACCGUCUCACGCACAUAUUGGGAAAAACGGUCAGGAGCGCCUUCUCCGGGUGAUGCGGAGCCAGAUCCGCCGGCCCGAUAUUCAUCCAGGAUGUCGUAGCCUGGAUCCCCAGAGAGUGCCCUUUCUUCUGUGCGGCCACCCGAUCCGGUGCCCAGUCUGGCCAGUUUGGCAGGCAUCUUGCCCUUGUCAGUAGGGGCGUCUGGGCCCAACCAAGGCCUCUUACGUGCCGAGCCCAAAUCGGUGGAGUGUAGGGAGCCCCCAGACUCAGAGUCCCGUGCGCCAGAGGGUCCAGGUGUCGAACCCGCAGGGGCGGGUGGGGCGUCCCCAUGGAGGGCAGCGAGGGCUUUGGGUAAAGAGUCCGCCAAGGUGGCACACAGCCAUGCUUGGAGGCCUUCAGGGGCGUGUAAGCCUGUGUCAUCUGCCAUGGUAAUAUUUUACUGGAAUAGAGGAAAGGUACAAUCAGUGAGGUACCUAAAUAGGGCCGGCUGGGGGUCACCCAGCGUGCAAGAGGGGGUCACCCAGCAAGCACUAGCAUAUAAUGCAAUUGGAGGGGGUCACCCUCAGUUUAAGGCCCGGGCGUCUGUGUGUGCCCAGAGGCCACGCGGCUCCGCAAAGAUGGCCGCCGCGGCUCCAACAAAAUGGGCCGUGGAGGGAGGGUAGGGGAAGAGCGAGGGGGGUCAGGAAGGCAGGAACCCGGGAGGGAACCGCCGAACUGGGCCGCGGAGGAGGCGGCCGGAGGCAAAGUCCCAGGGGAGCCCAGAGCAAGGGCAAUAAGGGAAAAACCACCCCCAAACACCCUGAACCCCGUCGUGGGUCAGGAGGCACUACCCCAAAUAGAACACAUAGAGUAACUAGUGAGCAAAAAACACAUCAAUAGCAUAAAUGAAAAACAAAAUAUAACCCAGAGCAGAGACAACUCUGAGUUGGUGAGUGCUCACCUGGAGGCAGCAGCAAAGAAAGAGGAAGUGGGAGGGUCUGCCUCAGUGGUUUUAUACUGAUGCCUGUUUUGUUCUUAUUGGUUGUUUGAAAAGUUCUGUUAACUGUUUCUUUGCUGCUGGAGGUUUUCAGUAAAGAAGGUAAAGAAAAUAUGAAGCCUCCAGUCCUGACAUAAAAUUCUGCAGCUUAUUCAUUUUACAUACUGCUGGACAGCCCAUUUUAUGGUGAAUCUGAAAUCAUAAUUGAGAUACACAAGGUAAAUUAUUAGACUGGAGCAGGGUGGUACCUAGAGAACUUGGCACCCGGGGCGGACACUGUAUUUGGCACCAUCUCCCUAAUUUUAAAAUGUAAAAAACACCUGCAAUUUUUAAAAAAUUUUUUCAAGAAUAUUUAUUGCACAAAUCUGUAAACUGUAUGUUAGAAAGAGUCCCCUCAAUGCCCCAUUAGAGACCACAAUGUAGUCACUUGUCCCAAUUCACAAUAUUGUAAUGUAUAGGUCUCUGAUACCCAGGCCAAGUUGGCUCUUCUCACCUUAAUUACUGUUGCUGGCUGCUGUAGCUGGCAGACUAGCUGGCAGGCUGGCUGGCUGCUGUGGGAGAUUGGCAGUCAGCCUGGCUGCGGCUGGUAGCUGUGUGCUGUCCGACUGUGGCUUGCUGGCAGGCUUCUUACUUCCCUCAGUCCCUUUACGUAUCUGUUUCUCCCCAACCCCUUAAUGUGUCUCUUUUGCCCCUUCCUCUCUGUGUGUAUCUCCCUCCCAGCAAUAAUGUGUGUAUAAUUUUUCCCCCUCCCCUUUUGUUUACCUCUUUGUGGGUCUCUUUUUCCCAUUUCCCAGCCCUUCUGUGUGUCUCAUUGUCCCCACAGCCCAUCUAAUGUUUAUUCAUCCCCCUCCAGUCCCUCUCUGUGUCUCAUUAUCCUCCAACCCUUGAGUGUCUCUCUUUGUCCCCCAUAGCCCCUCUGUAUGUCUCUUUGUGCCCCUAUGCCUUCUCUGUGUAUCCCUUUGUCUCACAGCCCUUCUGUGUGUGUCUGUUUGACCCCAAGCCUUCCCAGCCCCUCUACGUGUCUCUUUCACCACCAGCCCCUCCAGAUGUCUUAUUUCGCACCUCAAUGUAUCCAAUUUCCCCCCUCCCCAGCCCCUCCAAGUUCCAUUCCCCUCCCCAGACUCUCCAUGUCUCCCAUCAUCCCCCUUCCCCAGCCUCUCAAUGUGUCUCAUUCUCUCACCGCCAGCUUUUCCACGUGUCCCAUUUCCCUUCCCCAAGUCUCUCCAUGUGUCCCAAUCCCACUCAUCCUCUCCAUGUGUCCUACUUCCCCCUCCACAGUCCCUCCUGUACUUCCUGGCUGAGCCGCGGUAGAGGAGCUCCUGUUCACUGUAGCCGGUCUGACAGGAAGCAGUUCUGUGCUGUCAGUGAGCACUUGGGACCUGUCAGACCGGUUAGAGUAACAGAAACUCCUCUAAUGUGGUCUGCCGCUCGUUCAUGCUACAUUCUGUGACCGGCAGGAGAGGAGCGCCUCCCAUCCUGCAGGUCACCCUGUGUGUAGCGGAGGGCUAGUUUAACAUAGAUUUUUCUCCACUGAUAUUCCAAUAGUUACUCAGGAACAAGCAGGAUAUUACCAGAAGAACAGCAUAAGUAGUCAAUAAAGAAAUCCGUGAAUCUCCCAUCACCUUUUCCCAAUAACUGGACGACACUCAGUAUCAGGAGCAGAACUGAACUUUUAAUCACAUACUCAGCUUUUAUACAUUUCUCCCAUGCCAGGGAGACACCCACAAAGAAAAAGGCAUCAGCCAAUCCAGGGCUGGAUACAGUUCACAUAUUCCCUCCCCUCAGCAUGAGAGAUAACUUAAUUACAUAGAAGUUUUAGAACACAGUUUUCCCCAAUUCUCAGAUGUACCCCAAAACAAUACCAUACACCUAUAAUUCAUAUAUCCUCUGAUAGCCCCGAUCUGGGGGAGCAACAUACUGAAAAAACUCCCAGAUUGGUUCAGGGGUUCAAAAGUUUUAUGGAGGUCUUAAUUUCACCGACCGCACACGAGGUGUAAGCCAGAGAUAGUUCCAUGUGUUUUGGCCUUGCGGUCGGUUUCCAUUCAUGCGGUUGAAAAGCACGAAAAGGUCUACAUAAUGGGUUUUGUCUUGGUUCGUAUGAUUCCCCUCGGUCGUAUGAUUCUUUUCACCGAAUGCCGUUCUGUUCUCCACGAACGGGUGGGGGCAUGGAGGUCUCUACUGUGUUCGCGCUGUUGAGUGUCCGAUUUGGGUUCCAGACACUCGAUGACCCAACACCGCUGGAGUGUUCGUAUGACAAGAUGGCCGCCGCCACGUGCCACGUAUGCCGAACGGCGGCCACCCAGGGAAUACCCAGUGCGUUCGUGUGGUUAGCAAUUAAGGUAGUGUGAAUAACGAUGGGGGGGUCAAUUAGAGCCACGCUCCUCUCCGGUGUGGCCUGGUUGCUCGGUAGUUUGUCCGUUUGUCGAAUGGUAGGACUUAAUAUGGUUGCAAUUAGAUUCUUACCGAACAACCAGACGAAUGGUAUAACAUAGCGCUUGUUACUUGUUUCUUAUAAGUAACGAACAGUGGCAAAUAAUGUAAAAUACUGUAACAAGUAAAAGUAUGGACAGACAAAAAUAAGGAAGGUGGUUAGUAGCAAAACACAGUUCGCUACCCACUGGGAUUCUGCUCUGUGUCUCACGGGCUGGUGCGCAGCCAUCUAGUUAUGCACUCACACACAUACAUAAAUAUGCUGAUCAGUGACACCUAGGGCAGACCUCCCUCCUCUUGCCUUCUGCUUAGUAUGCCACUGGACUGAAGCCAGGGAUAAAAUGAUUUUAGGCAUUAUUCUGACUUCAGAAAAAGAACUCUUGAAAUACAGCGGGUUGUUUUCACUAAAUCAGCCGUGAUGAAUUGAAAUAUUGAGCUGGUUUUCCAGCUUGACUAUUUUUGCUAUCAGACUAUCAAUCGAAUAUACCUGAUUAUUAAAUAGUGAAUCAUGGCAGAUUCAGAUUGUGAUACUUCAGGCCAAGUUAUUGUUGAUAGUCUAAUCUGGGGUUGUUAAUAUUGUUGGUCAUCUUUUGCUGCUUUUGUCCCAGACUCUUCACUUGGUAUUGAAACUGAAUUUGCUUUUGUUUAGCUAGGAAUGUGAAUAUGAAUGUUAGACUGAAUGCCUGAAUAUGAUUGUACAAAAAGAAUAUUCAUAUAUUCCCACUGAAUUACAAACUGUUAAACAACCACGCAAAACAACUAUACUCAUAAAUAUGGUGUUUUUAAUGUGUACUAGGUUAUUCACUAAAGUGAGAUUUCAAAGUGAAUUCCCAACAAUUCUUACUGUAGUGAAGAACCCUUUUAGAGAAAAGAGGCUAAAUUGUAGACAGCAGAAGAUUAUCAAGGAAACAGAGUGUAUUGGACAGGAGUAAACCAAGACAUUUUUUAGUUGUAUCAAGGUAAGAACUUGAGUUUCAGAGUGCUUUGCUUUGUUUUUCUGUAGAUGGCGUUUGCAGUCUCAGAAGAGGAGCAUCGGAGCAUGGGAAUGCUGUGUGAUUAGCUGUGGUUGAUGGUGGAAGUUCAGGCACUGCAUUAUUCUUUAGGGAAAUUGUAUCAUGCUUUUCUGGAAGAGAAUCCACUGUUGUCCCCCUUGGCUGAAGCGCCUCUCCAGAACCUUCGUCUCUCCAUGCUUUACAACAGGAUUUGUAUUUUUGGUGUUCCUGCUUUUCAUGUUGCUGAUGCUAAGCAGUUAUAGCUGGUUUCCAAGAAAAUUGGUUAAUGAAGACAAUCUGAAGUUGCACAACAUACGUGUCUUCAAGGGGAAAAAAAGUAACAUUAACAACUCUGCUUGGAUUGCAAAGAAUAUGAUUUACUCUUCUUCCCAUGAGAAACCUCAAGAUAAAACCAGUCAAUCAACUCAAAGAUUAUUACAGAUUAUGCCCAUGGGACAAUUGCGUGCUGCAUCUCAGGGAGUUCAGUUCUAUGAUUAUAUCAUUAAUGAGCCCAUGAAAUGUCAAACACACAUUCCCUUUCUAAUUUUGCUGAUAGCUGCAACACCACAACAUCUAGAUGCUCGUCAAGCUAUUAGGCAAACUUGGGGAAAUGAAAAUGUUAUACCAGGUGUCCAAGUAGUAAGGUUGUUUUUGCUAGGUCGACACACUCAACAAACAUUUGACAUUGAACAGGCCAUAACCAGGGAAAGUAUGCAAUAUCAUGAUAUCAUCCAGCAGGAAUAUUUAGACACCUACAACAAUCUGACCACUAAAACCCUAAUGGGAAUGAACUGGGUGGCCACAUAUUGUCCACACGCACACUAUGUCAUGAAGACAGACACUGAUAUGUUUGUGAAUACUGAAUAUUUAAUAAACAAGCUACUGAAGCCAGAUCUUCCUCCAAGGACCAAUUAUUUUACAGGAUCUAUAAUGAAAGGAUAUGCACCGAAUCGUAACAAAGACAGUAAAUGGUACAUGCCACCAGAUUUGUACCCAGGAGACAUGUACCCUGUGUUUUGUUCUGGCACUGGUUAUGUGUUCUCUGGGGAGCUGGCAGAAAAGAUAUUUAAAAUCACUUUAACUGUGAAACAUUUGCCAUUAGAAGAUGUUUAUAUAGGGAUUUGUCUUAACAAAUUGGGAAUUAAACCCGUACCUCCACCUAGCCCAUCUGAUUUCAAUCACUGGAGGGUUGCAUAUUCUGACUGUAUGUACAACCGGAUAGUUACGUCCCAUGACUUCAGGCCUCAUGAGUUAGUCCGCUACUGGAACCAGCUCCAACAGAAUAGACACACAUGUGCGUAAAAUGCCAAAAAUAAAACAUUAUGAUCUAUCGGAAUCAAUAUUGUGUAAAUGUGUCCAGCUUAUAGUUAGAUGUAUAGACUUUGUAAAUAUUUAGUUUUCUCUCAAUUAUGGCCUCUACUGUAUGUAUGUGUAUAUAUAUAUAUAGUGUGUAUGUGUGUACAUAGGUGUGUAAAUAUUUAGUUAUCCCAAAUUCUGAACUCUACUUUGUACAUUUAUGUAUGUAUGUGUAUAUAUAUACUGCAGAUUCUUAGAACUUGUACUUUAACCCCUUAAGGACCAAACGUCUGGAAUAAAAGGGAAUCAUGACAUGUCACACAUGUCAUGUGUCCUUAAGGGGUUAAAAUGCUGUGUCAUUGGUUAACAGUACAUAUUAAUUAAGCCAAAAUGCAAGAUGCGCAUAAUUAGAAAAAGUUAUUCUUAUUUAUUAAUUCAUUUAUUUUUAAAAUCGAGGAGAAAUAUUAAGCAUAUAGCGUCCAUGGGAGUGUAAGCUUUGUUGGCAACCUACCUACCUUGGUCAUUUCUGUAUAUAUCAUCUUGAAGAUGGUGAUAAUGGUUUUUAAGUAAUUGAUUUUUCAAUCUAAUCGUUUUGCUACAACAGAGUAAAAAUUAGCUGGUGCAUGUACUAAUAAAAUGCAGAAAAGCCUAAACAUUGAAGAGACAUAUACUAUUUGACUUUUUUUUUUACAGCAAGCAAACACUGUUACACAAAUAUACAAAUUAAAAUAAAGCAAGAAAAGGUCUAACUUUGUCAGUGUGCCUUGUCUGGCACGCCUUUCAACUAGGGGAGUUUCUUCAACCUUACCUCCUUUCUACCCUUACCCACUCAUUAAUCCACCAUCUCAAUUCCAUGAGAAAUAGUUCAAUUAAUGCAUGCAUGACAACCAUGUUACUUUUGCAAAGAAAAGCGCAUAAGAUGCUGAGAGUCAGGGAAACAAUAAUAGCAAACUGAUUCUCUACACACAGAAAAGAAAGAGUAAGUGUUACAAAUGAUUGUAUAUGUGUGUGUACUGAC